AGAGAGAGAGAGAGAGAGUUGGUGCCUGGUUGUUGGAGCUGCAGAGGAUCGUCGACUCUCGGCUCUCCAGGAUUAAACUCUUUUUUCCUCGACUUUGUUCCACUUUCAGCUCCAAAUGCUUCCUCCUUGUAAAAGUUAAGACUUUAACCUCCGUCUCCUCCGUUUAUUUCCUCCUCAAACUUUCUCACCGGAUCGAGAGAACAGGUGGAGCUGAUGAUGAUGAUGAUGAUGGCGAGCGGACCGGCUCGUCGCUCUCGGACGCGGAUCUCGGUUCCUCUGCUGCGGUUCUUCUUUCUCUUUGCGACCUGCUGCAGCUCAGUAUCGGCUCAGGAGCUGCCCUCCAACGGGGUGAACGGAUACAGUCUGCACCCACCCUACUUCAACCUGGCAGAGGGCACCAAGAUCACCGCCACGGCGACCUGCGGGGAGGACGACAGCGGCAGGAGCCUGGAGGACCUGUACUGCAAGCUGGUCGGAGGCCCGGUGUCCGGAGACCCGAGUCAGACCAUCCAGGUGAGCCGGAGUCGAGUUUUUAAGACUUCUCUUUUUAUGCAGGUGUGCAUCAGGAGUCACCAGGAUGUAAACUAGACCGUGUUGGAAUAAUUCUCAUGUCAGAAUUCCUGCAAAACUUCCAUUUAUAUCAUGUUAAAGCUCUUAAACUGUGUGUGUGCAGAAGUGCAUGGUUAUUCUGGUUAUGGUGAGGCUUUCAACGUGUUUCUGCAACUUCAAUACAUAACUGUAUUCUGUGCAUUUAGUGAAGUUGGCUUCAGGUGACCCUUACACUCAUUUUAAGGGAGACUUUGGUGUUUGAGCACACGCAGAUUGAAGCAGUAAUAUCUUGCUUAAGGUACGGUGGCCAAGAACUGCCACUGCUGCAAAUAAAGAAGAAUGCAAAAAAAAAAAGUCACAACAGAAGUUACAGAUGCAAAAAAUAAAAAACAGAAAGAAACCAAAGCCUGUUGCAAAUAAAAAAAGAAACGGUGCAGAUUAAAACAAAAAGCCACAACAGAAGUUAAUGACGCAUAAAUAAAGUGCCGAUGCAAGAAAAAAAAAAGUAACUGAAUGCGAAAAUAAAAGAAUGCAAAAAAAACCCCGCUACAACUGAAGUAACCAAUGCCAAAAAAAAGUGUCAACAGAAAAAUAAAAGUUACUUACUGCGAAAACUAAAAAGAUGCUUAAGACAAAAAGCCACAUAAGAAGUUAAUUACGCAAAAAAAAGGUGAUUGAAAAAAUAAAGAAAGUAACCUCAUGUGAAAAUAAAAGGAUGCAAAAAAGCCACAACCGAAGUUAACAAUGCAAAAAAGUGUCCACGGAAAAAUAAAAGUUACUUUCUGUGAAAAAUAAAAAGAUGCAAACAACAAAAAGCCACAACAGAAGUUAAUGACGCAAAAAAGUGUUGAUGGAAAAAAAAGAAAGUAACUUGAUGCGAAAAUAUAUGGAUGCAAAUAAAUGAAAAAAAACACAACGGAAGUUAAUGAUGCAAAAAAGUUGUGAUGCAAAAAAAAAAAAAGUUACUUAAUGCGAAAAGAAAAGAAUGCAAAUAACUUAAUGCCAAUAAUGAUGAUUUUAUGUAUCGGUAACUUCCGUUGUGGCUUUUUUUUUUUUUUUUUUGCAUUCUUUUUUUUAUUUGCAGCAGUGGCAGUUCUCGGCCACCGUACUAAAGAACUUAGCAAAGUUUCAUAAUAAGUAGGUAGUCAUCAUCACUCCUCUUAAAGGACUAAAUUAAAAAAAAAAUUUAUAUAUUUUUUUUUUUACUUAUUUUUCAUUUUUUAAUUUUUUUAAUUUUACAUUUAGUGUCAGUGUAACCCUUUUAAAACUUCCCAUAAAGCCAGUGUUUCCUUUUGUAUGACUGUUUUGCAGAUGUUGUUUAAUAUCAUCUCUGCAUCUCACAUGUAUUCCUAAAGACUCUUAAUAGGAAUCUGUUGCCAUAGAGAGGGUGCAGAGUGACUUUUUUUUUGCAUGUUAGUUUAUUGCAUGUUAUACUUAACUUGCAGCCAAGUUGUUGCUUUAUUAGUCCCCAUCAGGACAUGCCUGUUAAGUGUAUCAGGAUAAGAGCAUGAAGGUUUUUACCCCCUGAGGUUGAGCUGAUUUGCUGCACAGUUUUACUUCAUUUUCUGCAGGUUUCAUUGCAGUUUAUCGUCAAACCUUCUGCUCACCUCGUAGAUAGUGGAACCGAGGGGGUCAGCAGUGUGCAUGAAUCUCCUCACCGCUCUGCCAAGUCAUUAUUUCAUGCACUGCUUCCUUUGUAGGACUUGGCAACACUUAACACAGAGCACUUAUAUAAGCACAGGCAGCGUGUCACAUCGAGUGGACUCUGCUGCUGGUGUUUUAUUUGUGUUUCUAAUGUGAGAAUGAGUCUGUAAGAAGCGACAGCAGCAGCAGCUCCUCGAUCAUGUGUGAUUGACGAUGGAGCCUCCAGGUAUCACUAGUUAGAGCAGAGAGGAUUAUUGCAGUUUCAUGGGUUAACCAUUAAAGUGACCCUCGAGGCGAUAACAUGCAGGCGGAUUAUUACCUCUCCUCCCUCUCGAUCCUUCUCUCUCUCCCACCUGUCCCCCACAUUCCUCACGCUGACUGACCCGUGUCCUCCAAUCAGAGUUUAUCCACCCCUGUUACCGUGAGUUUAUCGCGACCCCGAGGGCGUGCGAGUCACGAAUCCUGCAGCUCCUCCUUUAGAGAGACACACAUGCAAAUGAGUAAAAAAAGAGAUAAGAAGUGGAGAUAAAGACUGAAAAUGGUCGAGAUACAGACGUGAGAUCGAUCUGUGACAGUGGAGAGAAAGCAGAAGUGUAAAGUGAUUUGAAGAAAGAAGGAAAAGACAGAAACACAAGUCCUGAGGGGGGGGUUUGGGUCUUUGAGAUGAGAUCUCCUCAAACUGACUGAAGAGUAACUUUAGUUUAACUCACUGACUCAGUGAACAGACUGGACGUAGAUGAGCAACUCCAAAAUGACCGUUUUUGUCUAUGAAGUUUGGUGUCUUUGUAAAAAGAUGUAGAAGCUUCUUUAAGAUGAAAACCUCACAAACACAAACACUCCACUCGACGUCACGUCUGACCCACUUCAGCUCGCAGGAUUAGGCCGAGCAUCAUCUGAUCAGAGUUUUCAUUCACUCGCUCUCUGACCCGCCUCGCCGUGGCGGUCCGGUUGAAGUGGCGACGUUGGUCCGUGAUUAGCUCAGGAAAUCUCCAAAUGAACCCGAGAAAUCUGGUCAUUAGCUCCUGCGGCGGCGGGGCAUUAUGUGUUCAGGCGUGGAGGUUUUUAGCCCACUUCAGAGGGGUAUUGUGGCUCGGCCCACUUGUUGAGUCACUGCAUUCCCCCCUGAACAACACACACACACACACACACACACACACACACACACACGCUUUUCUGUGCUGAGGUUAAUCCUGUUUUGAUUUGACAGAAAGACUCGAGUGUUUUUAUUCAUUAAAAACAGCAGGAGGAGGACUGAAGGCUGGACUGUCUGUGAAAAAUGCGAAGUUUAAAAAGUUCUUUACUCUGACCGAUUAUCUGAAUCAAACCCCAGAGACGAGAACUCCUGUAUGAAAUAAAGUAAGAAGGAUAGGGAGAGAAGAAAGUUUAACUUUAGCAUGACCUGAGGAGGAGAAAAAAGCUUACGUAAAGCAGCAGGUGUUGACUGAGAUCCUCUUCUUCAGCUCUGCCCUCAGGACCUGGAUUCCUCGCUCCGAGAGUUUCUCAUUGACCUUAAGGUGGAGGGUACGAAAGAAAGGAAUGGGGAGAGAUGAAGCGAUUGAAUGAAGGAGUGUGUAACACUCUGAGAGAGGAGAAAGAGCCGGACAUGUUCGGAUCUCGGUGGUCUUUAUGUUGACGGGGUCGCUUUUAGAGGACGGGAUGGGACCAGAGAAAAGGGACUGAAACGGUGUGAAGGAGAGUUUGACAGCAGAGAAAACGUCUCACUACACUUUCACACCUUCACACACCUGGGUGGGAAAUCAGUCUCUGUGUUCAUUCAGACUUUUCUGAACGAAGUCAGUGUUGGCUGCUGAUUUCACGCUCGUUUUAAUGGUUUUAAGUCCCUUUUGAUCGUAAAUGUGGUAGAAAAACACGGUAAAUGGCUCCAAUAGAACAAAAAACUUCUGCAACAGCUCUGCAGGAAAAAAAACUUCUGAAGCUGUGACCUCUGACCUCAGACCUGCAGAGAUAAGAUCUCCUAACGCGGCCUUUUGUUCAGGUCUGAGCGUGUUUAGUUUAUGCUAACGCUCCAUAUAGCCAGCAGCCGUCGGGUCAAACGCUAAAACAACCAAAAUGGAUUAGAUAAGAAUGACGAGGAUUUGGAAACAAGAGAGAUGGAGAGGAGGACUCAAGUGGUCAUGUCCACCUCUGCUGAAGGUUCGAUUAUAGCAGCAUGUCCCAGCAGAGUUAAAGGCGUGAAAUUAAUUUAGGGUCAAACUCGCCGUAACACCGAGUUAGACCCCUCCUCAGACUACAGCGGGGUGCCGCAGCUCAAGGAAGAACAUUUCUGAUCAUUUCUUCAUGGAAAUACAAUCAGACAGAGACGCUAAGACAGAAGAACUACCGCGUCUGUAAAAUGAUCAAUAUGGUGAUUAUUACUUCAAGGAAAUGAUGAAGAAAUGAUCAUAAAUGUUCUUCCUUUAGCUGCUGCGCCCCGCUGUAGUCUGUAAUGGACUUGCCUGAGGUCUCCGUACAAUGAAGCGGCUGCUGGAAGAGAGUAGGUUGUGUUUAGUAGGGGUGGGAGAAAAAAUUGAUUCACAUAAGUGUCACAACUUUUUAUCUUACACUUUUUAAAUCAAUUUUAUGUUCAAAAUUUUCUUCUUUUUUUUUCAAAUUUCAGAAUAAAUCUUGACCUACAUGUGAUGUGUAUUUUUUGGGGUAAUAUGGUUCCUGGAAUAGUCAGUAGACCAUCAUAAUCAUUCAACUGUUUCACUGGUGUUAAAAAUGGAGACUAAAAAUCGAAGAAUUGGAUCGGCAUCCAAAAAAAUCAUAGAAGAAUCAAAUCGGGAAACAAGAGGAUUUAGUCUGAAAAACAUAAAAAAUGUGCAAAAUCACAACAUUUUAUUCAAUCAUUAGUUUAAAAGUACAGAAAUACCCUCCAGUUGUAGAAGUCAGAGGUUGUUUUAAAGCUCUCGUCAAAAACGGAGAUUGAACUCCAACAUUUUUCCACCUGGACCUAAAGGUGUCUUAAAUUUCUGCAACUCUAAAGUCCUUUUAGAAAGUCACUGAACCACCAGCUCGGUGCUUUUAUCAGACCAACAAUGCCGUCCGAGUAUCUGAUGUCAAAGCUGCUGUUCAGGCAGCGUGAACGAGUCCGAGAGCUCCUCUAAAGACCCGGGUCUGGAUCCUGUUCCUGCACUUAUCCUCCAUUCUCGGAUGGAAACAUAUCUUCUAGUCUUGACGGUUGAAUUUCACGUCUUUGGGUGAAAAAUCAGGCUGCAGACUCGAACCUAAAAGAUCAGAUUGAUGAUGAAGCUGACAGCCAAAUACAAAACAAGCUGGAUCUCAAUGUUACAGGAACCCGAGUGUCUUUGUGGAGCGAUUGGAAACCCGACCCCGUUAGCUUCAGGGUCAAACUAUUGUGAAACAAAUCCCACUUUCACACAUACUCGAGACUGACUUUUAGUGUUUUCAUGUCUGUAAACUGUAGAUUGAGUGAGAGACAUUUAUAAAAGUUAAAAAGAGUUUUAUAGAAACAGGUGUUUGACGUCUGUCCUCCCAGCUGCUGUAUUGACAGAUUGGUGCAGACUCUGGACGCUUUUAUGAGCCGUUUAGUGAAAUAUCUCAUCAUCAAAGCGUGAAUGAAGGUCCAAAAAGGUCAGGAAUACAGCUCAUGUAUAUCUUAGACAUAAAUUAGACAUUCAAGGAGUUAGAGAAGAGUGAAGUGAAGGAUGAAACAGCUGGAGAGUGAACAGAGAAACUGCUCUGACUGUAACUUCUCACCAUGAAACAUGAUUUUACUCUGAGCGCUGAAGCUUUAUUCAAAGUUUUUCUCGUUUCUGCUCCUCUACAGGGUCAGUACUGCGACAUCUGCAGACAAGGAGAAAGCGACCGAGCCCACCCCAUCACCAACGCCAUCGACGGGACGGAGAGAUGGUGGCAGAGCCCGCCUCUUUCCCGCAGCACCGAGUACAACGAGGUGAACGUCACGCUGGACCUCGGACAGGUGAGGCUGAGUUCAUAUUUACACCAAAACACUCCUCCUGGUCUGCAGAAGUACGUCUGGAUGUCUCUGGAUUGACUCUUGAAGGACGUCAGAGGUUGUCUUCAAAUAGUUUCUGGACUGGUGAUUUUCCUGGUGUUACGUUUGGUCCUGUCUCUGCAGUUUCUCUUUUUAUAAACUGUAUUUAAACUCGUAUUUGUCCUGAAGUGAUUUCCUGAUCAUUAUCCCAGCUCCUCCUCCUCUAAUCUGAGUUUUCAUUCAGCUCUAACUCGGAGCCUCUCGAUGUAAAGUCAUUUCUCUGGUGAACCUUCAUCCUGCCCGCUGUGACCACGCUAAGACAACAAGACAAACCCGAGUUGAUUUAGAGAUGUUGUUCUUGGCAGGAGCCUGUGGAGCUGCCGUGAAUCUGUCAGAGUUCCACACAAACAUAUGGAUGUGUAGCAUGUUGGUAUAGUGUCACAAACACACACAAACACACACACACAUAGAAAGAGAAAAGCUCCAGUGUGCGCUCCUCGGAGUUAACCUUUUUGUGUUUCUGAACGUCGCUCUUGAACAACCUUUUUAUCUUCCUGAAUGCGCCUCUUUUGUGCCCGGCUCUCCUGCUCGAGUGCCCUCCUCAUUCAUCAGAGCCGGGACAUUCACUGCAUGUUUGUGCUUGUGUGUGUGCUUCUGUGUAUGUGUGUGUGUGUGUGUACCCUUGAAAAGUCUGUUGUGGCAUUCAGUGUCCCUCCCCUCCUCUAUCUCCUCUUUACUUUCUUCCUCUUUUUCUCUCUCUCUCUCUCUCUCUCUCUCUCUCUCUCUCUCUCUCUCUGUCUUUUUCUCUGUCAGGGUUGAAGGUCUCAAUAGUGAGGCAGUAAGCUGUGACUGUCACUGUGUGUAUGUAUUUUUAUAUAUGUGUGUGUCUGAGUGUGUGUGUGUUCAGCUUGUAAAGGCCUUUAUACGCGUGUUUACCUUGUAGCGUCAUAAAGAGUGAAUAAAAGGACUAAAUGAAAGCUUUCAUUCAGGUUUCUAACUCCGCUUUGUUAUUAAACAGAUGCUGCCUGAUGACAGCGACGCAGAAACAGGCGUCUUUGUAGCCGCUGUGCUCUGAUAAUGUUCUGGGGGUGUAAAUGAAAUGCUCUUUUUGGAGGAAAAUGCAGGAAAAACAGAUUUUUUUAAGGAUGAAAGAAGACAAAGUAGGGCUGGGCGAUAUAGCCUACCUACACACAUUCAAAACCAACUUUAAUUUAUUCAUUUUUUUGAUACCAAUAAGUGCCCCCUCUUCGUACCCUGUCAUGACAGCUGUCAAAGUCGAUUCAGCAGCCGAGAGUUGGUGGGUUCAGGUCACAUAACGAGCAGGUUUAACAUCCAAAAGAGUUUAAAGUUUGACUGAAGCACAGUAUGGUGCUUUUUCUUUCUGCUCUUAAAAAAAUAAUAAUCUAAAGUUGCAUCAAUAUGUUUUCUGUGCAGCAGAGAGAGAGAGAGAGAGAGAGAGAGAGAGAGAGAGAGAGAGAGAGAGAGAGAGAGAGAGAGAGAGAGAGAGAGAGAGAGAGAGAGAGAGAGAGAGAGAGAGAGAGAGAGAGAGAGAGAGAGAGAGAGAGAGAGAGAGAGAGAGGAGGGUCUUUAGUAACCAGGUUGCAGUUUUGUCUUUAAAGAAUGUAGGUGGGCUAAGGGCAGGGUUUACGAGUGUGUAUAUGUGUGAGUGUGUGUGUGUGUGUGUGAGGUCUGUAACACACUUACUGAGCCUGUCACCAACACACACACACACACACACACACACACACACACACACACACCUAACCCCCUACCUCUGUGUGAAUGAAAGAGACAGAGAGGAGGGAGAGAUUGGAAUGUAAGUUAACCUGUCUCAACCCGCAGAGGGGGAGGCUCGUUGAAUCACCCUGAACUCCCCCCUCUCUCUCUCCUCACCCUCCUCACCCUCCUAUAGACGCCCAUACUAAUACAGUAGAGUUAUAACUUUGAUGGGGUAAUCGCUCCUGUUUUUCUUUUAAAUUAAAGUUACUCAGGGAGUUUGUUGGGUUUUUCAGUUUCUGCUCCGACUGUCUGUUCGAGGACGGAGGUCUUUUUAUUUUAGAGCUCCGAGCCAAAGAUUGAGGAUUAAAUUCCUCCAUAAAAUCAGAGCAUAUUGUUUAAAAAUAAAAACACUGCCAAAGAAACAAGAGAGCGCCAACAGGUUUGAGCCCACACAGGGUCUCUUCAGUCUGAGGCAGGAAACAGAGGAGCUGCUGAAGGAGGUCAGCUUCAUUUUUCUCAAUAUGAGACCAGGAGGCGACAGGAGGCCGACCUUUGACCUCCGACCUCCUCUGUCCUGAUCAGCUUCAGUCGACCACUUAUUUAAAUCUGCAAAAUAACAAUUUGUAAUUUAGUUUAUUCUUUCAAUUCUUCUUCUUUUUCUACCUCUUCUUCUACUUUGUCUUCAUCUUCUUCUUCUUCUUCCAACUCUUCUUUAUUUACUUUAUCUUCUUCUUUUUCUUUUACUUCGUCUUUGUCCUCUCCUUCUUUUCUUCUACCUCUUCUUCUUUUACUUAAUCUUCUUCUACCUCUUCUUCUACUUCUUUUUCUUCUUCUACCUCUUUUUUGACUUCUUCUUCUCCUUCUUCAUCUUGUCUUCUUCUACUUCUUCUUCUUCUUCUUCUCCUUCCUCUCCUCCUCCUUCUUCUCCUCCUUCUAACUGCCCUUGUUAACCUGAACCUCCUCUCUUCUUUUCCCUCCAUAUCUCUGACACUCGUUCUUCCUAUCACUGAUAACCCGAUAUAGACCGUUUCUAUCACCUCCACUUCUUCCUUCUGCUCUGUCCUUCUUCACUCACUCUUACUGUUAUCUUCCUCCUCCUCUUCAGACCUUCUUCACUUCCUUCUUUCCUUCUCCGAGUUUCAUACAUAAACCUGAACAGACCUCAGCUCUAAAAUCAGGUGAUAAAACUCUCCUGAACAUGUUGGAAUAAUCUCCCCUCUGUGUUUUAUCUGAACACUGAACUGUUUCUGCACCUGCUGUCGUCUCUCAGUUACAGUUUUAUUUCUGUUGUAACUUCAUUAGGAGAGACGGAGGAGUGACAGCUCCCUGAUGAACUGGAGGAAGAUCAUGAGUCAUCCCAUGAGCUCAUGUGCACAGAUAUACGAGUGGGUUCAUUCCUCAGGUGUGUGAUAGUGGAAGGAUUCUGUCAUGGCAGGUGAAGAGGAAGAGCACAAACAGAGAGAGAGAGAGAGACUAAUAAUAGAUGACAGGUGGAGAGACGAAGAGGAGGGGCAGGAGGAGAUAGAGGUUUUAGGACGGAGGAGAAGGAGGAUGAGGGUAUGGAAAGAGGAGGAGAUGACAAAGAAACAGAGGAGGGGAUGUUUGUUUCUGCAGCAGCCUGUUAUUAGAGCAGAACAUGGAGCUGAGAGUCGGGUCUGUGCACGUUCACCUGAGAGUCUGAGUCUGCAUGUUCCUCAGGUGAACAACCCUCACUUCUUCAGGAACAAAACAAUGCUCCUCACUGUCAUCACACUUAUUGAUUUAUCGUGUUUCCAAUAUCUGCAGGGGGAGACUUAAAGGGUUAGUUCACCCAAAUGACAGAGCAGAAAGGAUCUCAGAGAUUAACUCUACACGCAGAUCUGCUUUCUGAUACGUGAGGAGCAAAUGUGACUGAAAUGGUUUCAGUUUUGAGCUCUACAGGAACAGUAAACAUGAUUAGGACCAUGAUCGCCAUAGAAACGAGGUUCAUAAUAAUUAUUGAUCUCUCCAAUCGUCAACCAUGACUUUAACAGAUGCAGUUUUACUCUGAUCUGUAGAUGUUAGUGAAUGGACACCUUCAGGAUCUAAAUCUUGAUGCUCCAAACAGUUUGAGAGAAAUGAAGGAGAUGUCUCAGAACUGAAACUGAAACUCUCUGCAGACAUGUAAGUUCAGAAACAUAAAUACAGGAUCUCUGUUUUCGCUGAAGGCCACAGUUUCCUCUCUGAAUGCUACCAACGGUCACAUGACCCUAAUUUUUAAUGGCGUGUACGCCGAGGACAAAGACAGACUCCCUGACUCACAUUCAGCGUGGAGGUAGCUCCAUUGUUUCUCAGUGAGCUCGGUGCCAGCUGCUCUCCGAUGAAGGCUUCCUGUUAUUGAUGCGGUUAAACGUCAGCGUCACCUUCAGUCAGAACUUUAGGACGGAUGUUCAUACUUGAUGGAAAUCCUCAGGGUUUCUCAUGAACUUGGUAUCUUCUCAGGUGAGCAGAAGGAGUCUGACAUCACCCCUGUGUGUGUGUGUGUGUGUGUGCGUGUGUUUUCUUUGUGUGUCUGAUUAUGAUCAGUGUGUCCUCUGCCAAAUCUGCUCUUUACGAGCGUCGAGCUCGUCAAGCAUGGGAACCACGCUCUGUUUUGUCUUGAGUUUGGCUCAGUACAGAUAAUUCCACCGCUUUUGUUUUCUUGUACACACUCCUCAGGUGUGACGCCCUGCCAAUAUGCGUGUGUGUGUGCGUGUGCGUGUGUGUGUGUGUGUUGAUGGGUGGGUGGCCCGUUGUACAGCAUGUAGACGUGAGACUUUUGGAGAUAUCAUCUCUCUCACACCCUCCCUGUCCUCGCCUCUCUUUACUCCUCCGACUCCGUCUGAACACAAAGACUCUUCUGUAUGAAGAGACUGACACUUUAAUGAUGGAAAUUAAGGAAAAGAGGAGAUAAAGAUAGACACCAUGGGCAUCAAACAUCACCCUCCAAUCCCUCUCCAUCACCCUGUCUUCUGCAGAAACAAGAGAAGUCGUAUUAAUUUACUGUUUUGAAUAUUUCUCUGCGUCCUCAUCGCCAAGAUUAUGACAGAAGAAUCAGUCGUUAUUGUGAGACAACGUUCAGAGUCAUCCACCCUUUUCUUUUUUAUAAACAGCAAAAAUAACACAGAAAGAAGAAAUCAAAAGGAGUCUUCACUUACAUGCACGACUCUCUUAACCCCCUCAUUCGUGUUUUGUACAGGUUGAUUUGUAAUAUCCAGGAUCCACUCAGGGAGGAGUUAAUGAAGAAUGGGUGGAAGCUGCUAAUAGAGAAAAAAAAAAGAGAAAUAAGUUUAUAAAUAGAAACAGAUAUCUUGUUUUAAGGUCAAAGAGGAGGAAUCGUCAUCCUGAUUGACGGAAACUUCGGUGUAAAAACUGCUGCACAGUUUCCUCCAAAUAUUACCCAAACUGCACGGCUGUUUGCACUGAUGUUUAUGAAUAACCACCAGAUUAUACGGCGCUCUGUGAAUUAACGUGUCUAUGUUCAAACAUGAGGUGCACCAAAAUGUAUGGCGCGAUAAGCACUGACAUAUUAAUUGGUUAGUUGUUGCUAGCGUGUACUCCGGGCUGCAAUAUUUUUUUUCAUAGGAUGGUUGGGUAAAGUCCCGCCUCCUUCGCCUAAUCCUAAACCAACAGAUGAUGACGUUUCACAGCCAUAAGGAAUAACCAAUCAAUCAAUCAAUCAAUCAAUCAAAUUUUAUUUAUAUAGCACUUUACAAUAUCCCAAAUGGUACCCAAAGUGCUUUACAUAAAAGCAAUAAAAUAACACAAGAAAAAAUACCAUUAUAAAAUAAUACAAUAGAAUAGAAAAUACAAGAACGAUGAAAUAAUAAAAAUGAAUAUGAAAAUAAAAUAAUACAAUAAAAUAGUAUGUAGAAGUGCUAAAAACCUAUAAGUACAGGACUACCUAGUCAGAGUUAAAAGCAAGUCUAAAAAGGUGCGUCUUUAACUUUGAUUUAAAUAAACUGAGCUCAGCACUUGCAGCCAAUCAGAGGUGAAGGAGGGCGGGACCUUCCCCUACUAUUCUAUGAAAAAAAAUCCUAAUUUCACUAGAUUUGUCGCUAGGAGCUGUUUUGAAAAUAAGUUGCUGGGGGGUCUGAAAAGUUGCUAAAUUUAGUUGCUAGGUUGGCAACACUGCUGCUCAGGGGUCCUGUUAUGGGGCCGAUCAGGUAGUGACGCAGCGUAUCGUAAUGCUCCAAAUAUCCUCAGAGCGGCUUCGUUGCUUAUCAAAGUCGUUCUUAUACAUUUCGAUGGAUUUUUGAGCUCAUCGUACCGCAUAAAAUCAGUCAGUAAGAACAACAAGUAAUCAUACGAAAGGCACGCUGGAUUAUUAAGCACAUUGUCAAUUUUAAGUGUGCCUUAUAGUCCGAAAAAUACAGUCGGUACUUUUGGCAACAAGCCGUAUUUGCAGGCCAACUUUGUCCGAUAAUCAAAUCAUUGUUUACAAACAACACUAGUAUCUGCUCCGCCCUCCUGCGACGCUGCGGUGCGUUUAACCUUUCAAACCCGCCACGUCAAUUACACGAUGUCUUUCCGGGUCACAGAGUUUAGAGGCGUAAAAAAUCCCACAAUCCUUUUAAUUAGUGACUUAACUCUUUCUUCUAAUUAAACGCUGCAACAAACACUUUCUUCUUAUUAAACACUUAUUCAACUUUGAGCUGCUGGAAUUGAAAUCUGAGAGAAAACGCAGGUGAAGGUGUUGAUUCAGACUAGAAUCAGUUUUGCUGACUUCUUUGACACAACCACGUCAAUCUUUUUGGGCUUUUUGCUUCUUCAGUGAGAUUCAGGACAUCAUCGGAGUCUUUGCAUCAAGCGUUGGUGUAAUUUCCUCUGAAUGCUCUUCCUUGUCUGCAGAAUGUGUGAUCUAUGUGUUGUGAUCCUCAUUAAUUCUUGAUAAAGAGUGAUUUAUUCCUCCGUCUGUGUGAAGUUUCUGUCUUUUUCUCCCACCAUGACUCAGAUAAACACGUCUAUGAAUCUCGUCCCUCUUUAUAUCUCCUCAUUCAGCUCCUUCGCUGUCAUUUCUGGGGCCGACAGUCGCUCUCAUUCAUCCCUCCCUCCCUCCUCUUCAGUGACUCUUAUUCCUGUCACCAUCUCCACUCACUCUUCCUGUUUCUUUCCCUUUCAUUCGUCUCACUCAGGGUUAAACGUUGCCUCCGAAACUGUGUCUACUCGCACAAACACAAACGCUGACACACUGUGCACAUUUUUCUGUCAUUCAUUAUGUGUACUGGGCAGGAAAAUGAGCAAAGAGGGGGAGAAAGAGAGGUGGAGGGCGAAAAGAGGGAGAAAUCUGACCUUAAUAGGAGUGAUUCAGCUCGGGAGUGAAAAGAGAGAAAGAGGCAAAAAGGGGAGAGGGUGAUGUCACAUUAGAGCGGGAUUAAGUAAGGAUGAUGGAUGGACGGAGGUGAAUAACAGGCGGUUAUUCCUGGGGUCAUUUUCCUUCAGCCUGUUUCUGUGUGUUGUUGUUGUUGUAGCUAAAGUCAUGUUGUGUCGAUGCAUUUUCAGCCUCACUUUGGUAUUUUUAAACCCUCAUAACGGCGGCAUUUAGAUUCUGUACCCAGGAAAAGGUUUUAGAGAGAUGAAUGGAGCUUUAAAUGUGCUUUUAAUUUGCAGAAAUAUGUGCAGUAUUUGUUUUACCUCUAUUUUUGAGCAGCGAAGUUCUGCACCGUUCAUAUGCUUGAUAUGCAUGCUUUUCCUGGUGCAAAGCAUGCAUAUCGAGAGCAUGCACACACACGGUUGGAGAGACGUUAAACAUGCUGGCUCAAGCUCGGUGUAUUUCAGAAGAAUGACCAAAAUUUACUGUGUCAAUAGUGAGACGUAAGCGUGCUCCGAAAGGGAACGAGAGCUGAUUCUGCCGGCAGGUUUACACACACAGAUAAGUUUAGUUAGAGCUCGACUCAGCUGGAUUCAAAGUCUCCUCGCUGUAGUGUGUAAACAUCAGGAGAGACGAUGAAAAAACACACAGAUGAUUUUAUAGUUUUCAACUUUCUGUAGCGUAUGAUGAUUUGUCGUACGGCGACUGAAUGGUCGGUUCAGCGCGGCGCAGACUCCCCUUUUCAUUGGCUAUUCAUAUAGUCUACCAAAACCUGGCAGAAUGGAAACGAUCAAAAAUCAUAUUGACCAUGUUUUAUAUCGAUAUCGAGGGAAAUUAAUUUUUGAUAUAUAUUGAGAUCGUUUUAUUGCCCAGCCCUAAUGACCUGGUUUUCUGUAUCGUAUUUCUGCUGCUCAGUUUCAGGAUGAAAACCUGAUGUCCUGUUUGUCAUCUGAGUCUAAUUAAGGCGUUUACACUGAAUGGAAGAUUGACGGUCAACUGCAUUAUCUCUGUUUGUUAGUCUGACUAUAAGGAUGCAUUUACUUGUAUUUUAAAAGUCAAAGUUCAGCUGGACUUGUAAAAUAAAUCGAUUUUUUGAUCAAAUAUAUGAUUGGUUUGAUUAGUGUUAUAUCCCAAAUACACCUGUGAAGAACUAAGGUACUUAAUCCAGCCUGUUUGCUUUCUCGGCACCACUGAUCGUGCAAAUCUAGUGUUUAGAAAUACUGCUUUUCACUUACAGCGUCCAACUGGUCAGUGUCAGACAGAGUUAAGAAGCUCAGAGCUGUACGGUUUAAUAUGUUCAAAGGUUGGAGAUGAAUUUUUGUUUACUGCAGAAUAAAGUCAUUAUGCUCUUGUUAUCUUUCUCUUAGAUCACUCAUGUUUCCUCCAAGCCUUUUUAUUGGCCAGUAAAAAGUUAUAUGAGUCUAUUGUCCUCAUCUUAAAUUGCACAUCUUUCAACAUGACGUCCAUGUCGCUGCGUUUAUGGGUGAAAAUUUUAUUGUUUUUAUUUUAUUUUAUUAUUUAUUUUAUUGUGUCGAUUGAAAACUUCCGGUGCAAAUUCCUGCUCUGGUCUUUUGCAACAAAACCACAAUGAUCCUGCAAACUCUUCUCAGACUUAUUAGUUCUAGAGGUUCCAGUUCUGGUCCUGGUACCUGGAAAGAGAUUUAUGUAAAUGUUGGAGAAAAAUAGCGAAAGAAAAUAAAGGGGGAAGAAUGCAAACAGACUAAAAUAAGAUGUUAUUUGGCAGUGAAAUGAGAGAGAUUUGGAGGAGGAGGAGGAGGAGGAGGAGGAGGACAGGAAGGAGUGAGGGAAGUAGAGACUGACUCCAGCUGGGAGCGUCAGAAAAAGAAACCAUUCAUACUUUAUCUGUGAUUGAAAUGUCAAAUGUUCUGUGUCAGUAGAAAAGCAGAGGAAGUGGUUCUAAGCGGGCGCCUCCUACAUUUGUUGCUCCCUCUCUGUGGUUGAGGUUUUGUGUGUGCUUGUUUUUGUGUAUUUGUGGUAAACCUCUCCCUUAAUUUGAUUUGAUUUGAUUGAUAACGUCCACACACACACACACAUACAGAGCUCAAAAUCGACUUCCUUUGAUUACGACCCCGUUCACGGUUGCGUUUUUGUGUGAGCGACUUCCUCGUCAUGCAUGGUGUCUGUUCCAACCUGUUGAUCAGUCACAGGUCAAAGGUCAUGGUCAGGCUCUUUAGUUCUUCACCUCCUGCGGCUUUGAACUUCCCCCAACAAACACUCACACACCUAUACUGGUCUACCAUGUAAACAGAGGACUAUUGAUCUGAAGUGAAAAAGUGAGGACUCAAGUUUGUCGUCAUUUCAAAGACACAGAAAUAAAUAAAAUAAUUAUUUACGACGUUUUUAACCCGUAAAAAUGUGAAAUAUGUGAAUGGGACUUUAGAGGUACACUUAAACAUGGUUUUAGCGGGUCUGUUAGCUGAGUUUAAAACUAACGUAAACUACCGGUGCUGCCGUUUUAUGACCUACAAGAAUACGUAAUACCAGCAGCUGAUAGUAGCCAAACAAAACCAUCUUUUCUUCUUCAGAUAAACAGAUAAUAAACAAAUGAUUGAAAUAAACAGGAUAAAAUAUACUGUUAAAGGUGGGGUCAAAAAUGUUAACAUGAGUCGCAACAAAGUCCCCUGUUAGAUAGGUAUGUAAGUGCGCAGACACACCCUGUUUAACCUCCAGACUCUCUGCCUCUCCGUUCACCUCGUCAACUCUGAACUCAUCGUCUUCAUAAAUCAUCUUCUUAUCCUUCCAUCCAAUUAUCCUCUCUUCUUCUUCUUCCUCCUCCCCCGCUGCCCGUCCAUCUCUGUAGGUAUCCUCUGUCAUCCUGGAGUUUCCUCCCGUCCUGCUACUGCUGGAAGGCAAACAGAAGAUAAGAUAAAGCAAACAGAGAUGGACGAGAUAGACGGACAUAAAUAAAAACGUGAACUACAGUAAUGGAGGACGAGGAGGGAGAAAUAGAGUCUGUGAAACUACGCUAAGAAGUUUUAUAAAGAUAGUGUGCAAUUUUGAUCUGUUUAAGACACAACUAUUAAUUAAUUAUUCAAAAGUGAAAAUACGGGAUUGAAAAGUCUGCAGAUGUUUCUGUUUUUUAAACUCUCCCUUGUUUUGUGGAAAGAUGGAAACAUAAACAGUAAAGUUCAAUCUGUUCCUGUUCACAGUCCGAUUACCUCCUCUAAAAUAUAUUAUAUCAUAUAGAUUUAAAGGAACAUAAAUGAAUAUGCAUGUAAAAGUAAUAAACCAACAGAAAUAAUAAAGUAUGAAAUGAGAUAAGACGACAGCAAAGGGGUAUUAAUCCAUCUUUUUUGAUAAAACAAGCAAAACAGGCCAGAUUUAACCUAAUUCUACAUUAUUAAAUGUGUAAAUUUGCUUCUUUGCUCUUACUUCUGAUCAAUUCGACCAAUAAAUUGAACAUUACCUGGCAUGUUGUGAAUCAGAAAUGCAAUUAAGUAUAUUUGCAUUAAGUCAGUUUUGUGUCUAUCAUCUAUUUCUGACAUUUUGUGGAGUAAACCAUCAGUCAGUUAUGUAUUAUAUUAUAAAAGUCGUUAUAUUUCGUACUAAUCCAAUGAAACAUACCUUUUAAUGUCUCUAAAUGCAGCUUUUGGUGACUGAUCCUGAUAAUUUUAGUUCAAAUCUUCUCUUUCGAAGACAUAUCUAACAUCUAUGGUGUGUUUAAAAUGAUAAAAUACGCUGUGGUUCAGUCGUGUUCCUCCUCCAUUCAGCUCCGUCCCAUUGUCCCGCCGUGUUUACUCGCCCUCACAGCCUCCUUUUGAUGCAGCAGUGGUCCCGAGCCCUCCCGAUGACUUAGCACUCCCGAUCCUCCUCAAUGGGCCUUUUAUCGCACCAUUGUGUCGGUGAGAGUGUCGGGUCCAUUCAGGCGGGCUGUGGAGAACAAACAUGGAGGAAACAGUUGGUUGUGAAUAAGAGGUGAGGAGGCGGAUCUUUCAGAGGAAGGGGUGAUAGGAAUGAGAUUGAAAUGGGAAAUUAAUGAAAAAAGAGGUGAGAGAAGUUAACCGGACACUUGAGGAGUGAACAAAUGUGGACAAACUUCCCCGGGGAGUUUUUAUCGCCUUUUUAGGGACACGCGGCCUAAAACAAACCCACAUAUUUUCAGGGAGACUCGAAUUGACCCGUCAGAUGUUCAUUGUUUGGCAUUUGAAGGAUGUUGAGGCUUUCUCAAGGUCUGUGUGAAACAUUCUUUUAAGGUCAUAUAAGACCACGAGUCGAGGAGUCGAGUUGUGAAAAUAAAUUCAGGGGGGAUGACGGAUUUUAUUGUUUGGGACGGAUAUUUUGUUCUGAUGACAUUAAACAAAGUAGGAAACCAACUGUGUACCUAUUUUAUUGUUACUAAAGCACAAAGAUAAUUAUUAUAUUAUAUUAACCUGUCAGAUUGAGCUGACCAUGUCACUUGGCCACGAUACUGAAAUAACUGAUAUUAUUUUUUUUUUAAAAAGGAAGUGAAAUCGUAAUUUUCACACAUGCCGCCUCCCGCCGUCAGUGAGGACGCCGCUCCUUCACACCCGCUAAACGUCUAAGUUACUGUAAUAUUUCUAAUGUUAAAAAAGUUGUAGUAUUUCCACAUUCAUUGACAAAAAUGGCUCAAGGGAUGGAAAGUUGGGAUGCCAUCCCGCCUCAUCCCUCCUCAACUCGAGUCCUGACUAUAGUCCUCUGUGGAUCUGGAUUUGAGGGUGAAGGAGGAGUCCCAUUUUUUUAAAAAAACAUGUUUUUAAUUAGAUUAAUGUUAUUGAAUUUGUGCAGGUGGGAUUGGUGGGACGAUCAAAUGGACUACAGAUUGAUAACAGUCCCGUGCAGAACUCUAAUGCGAUCGACCCAAUCAAUGAUCUCAACUUGCCGAUCUCUGUUAAAUCAGUGCUCCUUAUUUUGUCCGAUCUUUGACUGCAGAAUUGUCAACAUCGCAGUAGAAAAAGCCGAUCCCGUCGUGGUCGUGUUUUCGGACGAGCAGCUGCAGCUUCCUCUGCAGACCAAACUCCGACAGAAAAACACUUUCUGUGCCAGCUUCGUCGUCCCUGAAGGACACCGUCCGCUCUGACCGGUUUUCUCCCGGACUCAGAAUAGCCUGAUGCUAAUGUCCACCCGCUAUCACACAAUGAGCUCAUUUAGCCUCAAAGAAGAAGCGGGGUCAGACGGGCCGGAUUUAACUCAGAUACUGUGUGUACUGUCGAACCUCCUGUGAGUCACUUUGACACGUCUAGACUUGGUCUAAUUCAGAUAAGACAAAUUAUCAGAGCUGUCCGUCCUUUUCAGCUUGAAUUAAUCACUUCUUUUAAAGGUACAGUAUGUAGUUUUUACUGGACUGUGGUCUUCAGUUAAAGUUAUCACUUAUCACCCUUUUGUAAUUCACUUAUCCACAUUUUUUUGUGAAUGAAAGAGGAAAGGCAGGCGCGCAAACACACACACGUGAUAAAACGUGGAGGAAAAGCAGCGGUGUGAGGACAGGAGACAAAAGGAGAGGUCUGCUCUUUUAAUGUGACAGUAAAUAUUGGUUUAAAGCAGAGUGUUUGAGUUUCCUCUCUGCUGAGUGAAACGACGGAGGAGGAGGAGGAACGAGAGGAGGCUCAGGAAGUAAAGGUCAGAGAGUUUAAGUUCAUCUUAACUUUUCCAACAAUAGAGAGAGUUUCCUCCGGUUCUUCAUGAAUCUCUUUCUUCAGAGUUUUUGUUUUAAAAGUUUGUUGCCUUUUAACAAGUCAAACUUGUAGAUUUUAACUUUUUUAAAACAGUUUUAUCCAACCACAAAGAGUUUGAUUUUUGAGUUUGGAUUUCGUAGAUGCUUUCAGACCGUUCUCGUCCAUAUUUUUAACCGCUGAUACUUUAAAAGAAACAGAUCUCACAGUCAUUGUUCCUCUUUUUCUAAAGAACGGAAGCAUUAAGUCAAAGCUCAUAUAUGUCCUCAAAUCAAUAUAGAGUUGUUUAGCUGCUUUACUAUGACGUUAAUUUAUCUUUUGCACAGGUGCUGAUGUCUUAACGGUCUAAGUACGCCACAUUUAAAGGCUCUCAUCUUUGGUUCAAUUACCAGCUAUAACUCAUUAAUGUUGCACUUAAUUUGAGCCCCAGUCUCCUUUUUUGUUACCUCUUCCAUCUUUCCCGACAUCUCUCCUUCAGUGUGACCGUGACAGAGGAGUGACGGUGGAGGAAUGUGUCCUCUCUCCUGUAAACAGAGGAGUGGAAGGAAGGAUGGGGGAUGGAGGGAUGAGGAGGGAGGAGAGCAAACAGCAGGGAGUGCUUUCCCAUAGUUAAGUCAUAAAACAGUGAGAGGGAGUGGAACGGAGGUGUGUGUGUGUGUGUAGACUGUGGAGAAUGUUCAGACAAAAACAGAAACUGUAGACCUGAAUAGUUUGACUUUUUACCUGUUUGUGAAGAAUUCAGGGACGUUCAGAUGCUGUUGGAAUGUCACCCUCUUAAUUUGGACUUUUGGUUUCUGACACUUUUGCUUAAUAUGUCAAAUAUAAUUCAUAAAAAACAUUCACUGUUACACAUAUUCACUCUCCAUUUAGAUCUUCCAGACGUUUAUGUGAAAAAAUGUGCAGAAAAAGUCCUUUUGACUCCACGUGGAUUGAAAAUCAGCCUUUACAGCUUUGAAAAAUAACAGUGUAGAAAUAUUAAAUCUCAUUCCUGUUGGUCUUGAUUCUGUUUUGGAUCAGCUAAAACUCUUCUGAGUGUUUUUAAACCUGAUUUUUAUCCAUUAGAUUAUAACAAAUUAAUGCAAACACAAACUGCAUGUUUAAAGAAACACAGAUGAGAGCGUCUCAGACUGAGUGUGUUUGUGUGUGCAGCAGCAGCAGCAGCAGCUCAGUUAGCGGCUAACAGCGCGUUAAUGAAGCUUAGUCAGAGUUCAGGGACCAUGACUGACCACGACGCGCUCCGCGGACCAAAGUCCACAUUAAAACCUCAUCCCACCGAGCUGUACUCUUGUUCCCCAUCACUGACAUGAAACAGACGGACAGGAGCGCUGACGGACAGACGGACAGACGGGACGUGUUUAUUAGAGGCGGAGGAAAAACAAGCCGAGAGCGGCAGCAACUGCGACCAGCAGCUGGAGCGCCUCAGCUCUCCCUGUCACCAUCAACAGUCAGCCCCGUCCACUGUAACACAUACUGGGAAUAUUUGAACACUUAUAACUGUCUGCCUGUCUGCGUGAUGGACGACACAUGUUCCCUAAAAUAUCAAACCUGUACUCGGAAAACUUCACUCCAAGCUGCUUCUUGUCCGACAGGAGAAAUACGUCAUGAAAUAUGUCGGUUAUUUUGUAAUAUAUGCAUCUUAAUGAAACAGGUUGUCUGCUUUAAAGUCACGUGCAGUUUGCAUGCUGAUGAUGGAGGUAUUUUUUCCGACGUGUCUGCACUAACAAAUGUUUCUUAAACCCAUAUUGACUGAAACAGACGGAGCAGAAUGUCGAACAGUACAGGGCUGCACUUGUUCCUCAUCCUUCAACUUCACUGUUUACACCUCAGCUCUGACUUUGAACGAGCUGCAGGUCCUGAUGGAGAGAUGGAAAGACUGAGACGAAAUGAUAGAAGAAGAAGAAAGCAGAUGAGACACUUCAUGUUGAAACUCGGAAGAGAAACUACAAACUAAAUACAGCGAAAAACUGAGAGUCGGAGUCAAACAUAAUCACGCCUAAAUAAAUCUCAGCUGGUCUUUAUUUUCUUCUUCUCCUCUCUUCCUUAUCACUCGCCCUCCUCCUCCUCCUCCUCCUCUUCGUCCUCCCGUCCUGCUCUCAUUAGUGGAUUCGCCCCGGCUGUCUGUUAUAAUGAGAGAUGGAGGGAGCACAGACAGGAGGAGGAGGAGGAGGAGGAGGAACGUGGAGAGAAGUCAAGGUCAGAGCAGAGGAAACCUCCCUAACUUCUGCUCCUGUCCUCCUCCUCCUCCCUCUCUCAGACAGUUUGAUCAUUUUCUUCCUCUCUGAGUUCGGACUCUUUAGAAAAACUCAUUUUUCCAGCCGUUCGCUCUGUCAAGCUAAAACAUGUCAGAGGGUUAUUCUGAACUUGGUCUGAGUUGUCUGCAUCCUCUAUUUUUCUUGAAGCUGUUAAAUGUGGAGUUGAAAUCCGCAGCAGCAGGUUUGUUUCUCGUCUUUUCAGAUAAAACUCCCUGAGAAAAAGUCUCGGUCAGUGUUUCCAUGACGAGCUCUUAUCUCUCCUCCUCCUCCUCCUCCUCUCCUCCUCUUCACGUCUGUUUUUCCCUCCUCACUAUCUUGACCGCUCUUCUGUGUUCUUAUAUCCACACCUUGUGCAGAAAUGGUUGACAGUGCUCACAUAAGCAUGCCGGACCAGUAGGUGGCGAUAAUCUGAGUUCAGUCCGUCACACUGCUGAGCGAGAUAUAUUGAUUUGUUCUUGUCGCUACCCGAUCCAUCCUGGAAGCGAUAUUUCUUUUUGUGGGACGUUAGGGGAAGGUCCCGCCUCCUUCGCCUCUGAUUGGCGUGAAAGGCUGGAAACGUCAUCACACGGUAAAGCCAAAUGCGGGCUGUCGAAGCUGUCGCAAACCGCGAGGGGCAAAGAAUAGCUAGUAGAGGACAUGACGUACGUUUCGCACAUGCCCAGUACAAAUCGGGUUUCUGGGACGUGAUAGUUUUUUUUUUUUUGUUGGACGGUAGGGGAAAGUCCCGCCUCCUUCGCCUCUGAUUGGCUAGAAGUGCUGGGCUCCGAUUGGUUAUUCCUAAUGGCCGUGAAACGCCAUCGUCUGUCGGGUUAGGAGAUUAAGAAUUGCGAUAUUGUGCUGUAAUGUUCUGUUCGAUGUACAGAGUCGACAGCCCGUGUUUGGCUUUAGCGUGUGAUGACGUCUCCAGCUUUUCUAGCCAAUCAGAGGCGAAGGAGGGCGGGACUUUCCCCUACCAUCCUUCUUCUUCAUGUAAACUUGUAAUUAAACUGAAGACUGAGCAGUAAAACGCUGGUAUCCGUCAAACUUGUGCGACACGUAUAAUCAACCGUUAGCGUGUUUUUGUCGAGUCCUUCUCUCGCUCAGCUUUCUAAGAAAUAACUUCAUCCUCAGAGACGUACCACCUGAUUUUUUUCCAAGUCAGUAUUUCCGUCUUUGUGACAUCCCUGGAACUCCGAACAUCCCGAGUCUUAACCCCGGCUUUCAUUCCCCUGCCCUGACAUGUCGGCGAGCGUAUAUGUGCAGAACCUUUAACUCUGUGCAAACCAGCGCGGCGAUGGAAAGAUAAAGACAGACACUCUGUAAUCUUUACAUUUCUGGGUGUUUUCAGAAACUCUGAGCUCAGCGGCUGAGCGUGUCGGGGCCGGCGUGGAUGUAUGGAUGUUAAAGGUGUUGAAGGUGGAGGUUGCCUGAUACAUCUGUAGCCUCUGGGCUGCAGUGAAAAGCCAGCUGUGUGGUUGGAAUAUGGAGGUGUUUAUAGGAAACAUGCAGGCUGUUAUUAGGUACAGUCCUCUCAAAGUGUUGGUUUGGGUUUCCCACCUUUCAUUUACAGGCCUGUGGAUAAUUUGAAGGUCCAUGUGAGUCCUCCUUUUUCUCUUUUGGGAAACGAACAUGAGGGGAAGAUACAAAAAGCUGCAGAGCUCACGUUUUAGAAGCAGAAAAUAGAAGUUUAUCGUCGAUUGGUUUAAUAGAGAAAACACUGAAUGAAGUUUGAAGAACACUUCAUGCACAUGCAAACAACUCCAAUAAUGUUUUCACUCCUUUUAAACAUUUAUUUGAAGAAAAUGAACUCAAAAAUGCUCAAAAAAUCUCACAUAGGCAAAGAUUUCGAGCCGUUUUCCACUGCAGAGACGGUCCGAACGUGUGCUUUUGUGUCUUCCUGCAGUCUGAGAGGACAUUCAGAGCAGCUAUAAACACCCCUGUCUUUACACGAUCUCGGCGUGAAGGAGUCAGAGCCUCUGCUUUGAUAGACGCCGUAUCGCUUUCACUCCUUAUAAUUCAACGAGACGCAUUUAAAGAGGCGUCUGGUUGUAAACGGCGAAACCCGAAACUGUGCGAAAGUGUUCUCUGUGAAAUCCAAGAGGAACGCUGAAGGUUCUCCAUCUGGAUUCCUGGUCAGGAAUUCUGUCGUGGAAUUCUGGAGGAAGAGCAGACGGACAUUCCCGAACCCCUGCAGAGAGAGAGAGAGAGAGAGAGAGAUGUAGAGGCAGAGUAGAAGAAAUGAAGGUCCCGACAGACGCUCAUUUCCGACCCCAGAGUGGUUUCUGUCCAUGCAAACAGGUGACACCAAAACCAUGAGCCCAAGGACCUCCUGAGGAAACCCUGAGGGGACUGUUCAAAAUCAGCUGCAGGUCAAUAUCUGAAACUGACAUCAGGCAUCAUGUUGAAGAAGGGCUGGGCGAUGAACCGAAAAUUUAUCGAUACUGAAAUUUACGACAAUAACCAACGUCAUUUUGCCCACAUCAGUAUAUUCAGUGUCAAAAAAAAUGAAAUAAUCAAAGUUGUUUUUGGAUGUGUGUAGGUAGGCUUUGGUCUCAUGUCCCUUUAAGACGCUGUCCUACAUCAGAGACGUGACUCCGCCCCAUCCAGUCAGUAACAAAGAGGGAAAGACAGGUGAGGAGAUGGAGGACGGUUCAAAAGUUGGAGCGGCUGAAGUAGACGAAGUUAAUGUGGGAGGAGGUGAGCAGCUGGUGGAGUAGUUAUCAUCCAUUUAUCAUUAUUGAGGUGAACUGAUCAAUAUAUCGUGAUAUUGAUAUACAUAAAUAUUUAUAUAUAUAUAUAUAUAUAUAUAUAAAUAGCCGAGCAUCUGUAGGAUGUUCUUCAUCAGGUCGGUCUGUACAGGAGACACAGAGAGAGGGAUGAAUCCUGAAUGUUCAGGGAGGAUUAGGAGAGGAAAGAAAGACGCUGAGAUUGACUUGGAAUUCGAGGAAUGACCCCUCGCUCUCUGGAAGCUGUCCAAGCCUGACACACACACACACACACACACACGCACAGGCACACACUCACACACUCACUCACUCAUGCAAAACAUAGAGCAUUUGUCGUCUCCCUAGAGAGACAUUUGUAAAAAAGAGUGUGUGUGUGUGUGUGUGUGUGUGUGUGUGUGUGUGUGUUUGUGUGUCUCAGCCUGGCUCCACUGUUGUCUGCAGAAACAAAGACUCAGAUUAGACGGUUUCCUCUGACUCCUCUUCUUAUCUGUCACUCAGAGUGACGGACAGAUAAAUGCUCCCACUAUGUUUUUGUUUUAAAGGACAGUUUCGUAAAACUUUCUGUCUCUAAGUACCGACUAUAUUUAAACUACUGCGUCAGAUAAAGACAGAAACACUGACUCUUUCUGUCAGAUAUAUUUCAGGGUUCGGGUUUCUUCCUCUGUUACUGCAGGUGUGUCAGAAAUGUACUCUCUCUCUCUUCUCUUAAAGAAAAUACCAAGAAGUGAACGCAUGCAAGUCUGUGCAAGGGAACACAAAUGAUGCCAGGUCGAGUUUUUACUCCACACUCUUUAUGCUAACAGGAUUAAAUCUGAUUAAAACAGCCUUAAAAACAUGAACUUAAUCCUUUUAUAGCCCUGAUUUUAUGGCACGUUCAGUUCUUAGGUGUUCAUUUGCUCAAUUUAUAAUAAAAAGUGUUAAAUUCACCUCCUUUAUUCCUCUGAUUAAAACUUAAUUUUGUGCUCGAGAGACUCGGGGAAGUUUUGCACACGCUCACAUUAGUCAUGCUCAGUGUGGUUAAUGACGUCAUGAUCUGAUUGGCUCGGAUUAAUUGGAUUAAUAUCAAUUUUCAGAUUAAAAAAAAAUCUUUUCUAUUUGAAGACGUUGAACUCAAACUCUCUGACUCGACAGGUGACAUUAAAAGUCCUCCUCCUCCUCCUCCUCUCUCCUUCAUCCCUCCAUCCUUCCCUCUGUCCCUUUGUUGUGUGUCUCCGUCUUAUCUCCAUGGUUACCUGAGGCACCGGGAAUGUGGUGCCACCAAGGAAUGUGUACAAUUAUUAAACCAGCUAGGGGCCAGACACACACACACUCACACACACACACCUGCAUUCCUCAGACAUAUACACACACACUACAGCACACAUUUAAGUGUUUAAGAUAAGAUAAACUUUAUGGAUAAGAGACAUAAACAGUCUGAAUCAAACCCUGAAGUUUUACGCCUGAAUGUUAAAGAAGAAACUGUAAACUUUGUGGUUCAGGGGUUUGCAGAUCUUUGCGUCACAGUGACAUUAAUGUAGGGCUGGGCGAUACGGGGAAAAGUUUAUCACAAUAUAAUUUUUUAAAAUCAGUCAUUAUCGGUAUGUAUCAUGAUAUAAAAAAUAAAAACACUUGUCAAUCUUAAAUGUUCCCUGUUUGCAGUCCACAUUACUCUGCUUCAUGUCCGACCUCCAAAAACCAAAAUACCUCCACACCACCGACGUUUUCCUAACGCCAGUGUUGUGGUUGACAUUGAUGUGGUCAUCUGUUGAGCCUUCAUGGUCAUUUCUGUCGGGGGUAGCACUCAUUUUCUUUGUUUCUCACCAACAGUGCUGUCGGCUUCACCUGUUAAAGUGCUAUGGUUGGGUGGAGCUGCUGUCUGCUAUGAUGCAGUUUUUUGAUACUUGGUUCUAAUUCAGAACAUGAUUGGUUCAGCGCGGCGUGACCCGAGGCAACUCCCCUUUUUAUUUGUUAUUCAUACAGUAACCAAAACAUGACUAUUGAAAAGCAUAUUGACCAUGUUUUGUAUCGAUAAGCAUAUAAGCAUAUAUCAAGGAACAUUCAAUUUUGAUAUAUAUCAUAAUUGUUUUAUCGCCCAGCCCUACCUUAAUGUGGAAAUCAUGUUAUAAAAAAGCAUUUCUGGAUCUUGUUGGUUUCAGGAUUUGUCAGAUAUCUCUUCAUCAGUUUGUUCUUUCGCUGACUCAUCCUUGUAACUCGGUGAAUAAUCCAGAAUAAAGAGUGUUGCUCUGUCUGAGUCACUCUGUUAAUAACCAGCCCUCUGAUUUUGUCAUCCUCUGUUUCUCCUUUUCCUGUUUUUUUCUGUUGACUAUCGACUGUUUAAGCUCUUAUUUGAGGGUGUGGUUGAGUUUAUGGAGGGCUGAUCGAGUGACGCUCCUGUCUCUGCGGUCACGCUGUGAUGAUGAGAGGUUUGAGGAUGUAGCUGCAACAGACGACAAGCAAACCUGAAUUUAAUUUAAUCUUCUUCCAUUAUCUAUCAAAAAUGAAAACUUCCAGUUUUCAUUUCAUACCUUUCUUCUUCCUUCGAUCAGUUUCUCUCCCCUUAGUUUGACCUGCUUGUUGUCACGGUAACAGCCGCCUGAUUGAUGGGUGGACAGUUAGUUUGGGAGGCUGACCUGGGAGGCCGCCGCUAAUCCAUAAAUCCUGCGGAGGUGUGUGAGAGAGAGUAAAAAAAAGGGUCAGCAGGACCUUUUGUUGAGUGUGUGUACGAGUGUGUGAGAACAGACCGACUCCCACCGAGAGCCGGAGACACACAGCUGAGGGAGAGUCUGAGGAGGGGACGCUAGAGUCAGGGGGUCCAGCACUUUUCUUUAAGAAUAAAAUCAGAGUUUGGCUCUUAUUUUUGUCCUUACAGGAGCUUUUUUAACUCUUUUUUUUAUAGACAAUAAUUUAGAUUAACCUUCAUUUGCCAUGUUUGUUUAGUUGGGGUAGAGAUUUUUGACUUUUUUAACACAUUUGUCGAAGUUUAUCAUCUUUUUUCUUCAAUGAUAAUCUCCUAAAUUGUGCAGAAAUGCUCAGACCAGUUUGUAAAAAUCUGCUGUCUUUGGCAGUCCUUAAAAAAAGAGAGAGACAAGGUUGUUGACGAGACCUGCAGGUGUAAAAGUUGGAAAACUUGAGAGGCCUUAUGUCUUUAUAACAUCCUGGAUACUGUCAUUGUUCUGAAACUUGAUAAAGAGGAUGAGAUCUCGACACGAUGAAUCCUCGAUCAAAGUACAAAUAUAACUUUACCCACUGCGCAAUGUGACAUCAAAAUGACAUCUAUUUAACGUACUUUUUCGAUGAUGAGGUACAAAUAUUGACGUCAUUUUAACGUCUAAAAGAGGUCCAGUAAUGACGUUGAAAUCUUGGAUCCAUUUUUCAUGUUGUGCCGACAUCUAGAUUUGGUCUUCAGACGACGUCCAAACUAUAAACGUCAUAACGACGUCUAAAAAAGGUCCAAUUCGGACGUCGAAAUUUCUAACUUAUUUUGCCGUGGUCUUUGACGGACCGACCCAAUACUGACUUGAUCUGCACGUCUCUUGGAUGUUUGGCGGGUAUUUAGAGAACGGUCACACACAGUCCCAGACCCCCUGAACCUGCUCCAAACACAAGAAGACCUCUGUCCGUGAACACACACUUUAUUUUUGUCCAAACUGAUAAAAAGCAGCAGAUUUGUCCAACACUGUUCAGUCCUCGUAGGUUCAGUCUCGUGUCGUUUUGCUUUAAAGGAUCUGAACUUCAGGUUCCUCUCUGAGCAGGUCAAACUCGAACCCUGGGAUCAGAGGAAUCAGAGGAAUGCUUCUGAGUUUUUCUUUCAAUAUUUUCACCCCCUGAGGGACGAGCAGAGGUCUGGACUUUUCUGUUUCCUGUCCUUUAGAUCUCUCACACGCCGCUUAUAUCAACAGAAGCUGCAGCUUUGAUUUGUGUCUGAAGUUAAAACCACUUUCUUUACCUGGACCGUACGCCGGGACACAUUUCUCUGAUUUCUUUGAGAAGAAAAAAGUCUUUCAGGAAUAAAAAUGUUAUUUAGAAGUUUGUCAUUUUAAAUACUGUCAAAGUUUCCAGUUGUCGUUUCUUGUUUCUUGGUUGUUCAGAGUUUGACUCUCCUCUGUCAGCGUCCUCCUCCAUCCUUCAUCCACCUCCAACAUACCAGGAGGAUUCCUCAGGGAUGAAGUCGUGCCGUUUCUGACGGCUCUUUGUGUGUGAUUUGUUUGUUGUCAUCACCUGUCAGAGCCGCCUGUCAGGACGAGGAAGUGUGGAGAUCACAGGAGGGACUCUGCUGAUGGAUGAUGGGAGGUCAUGUUUAUGUGUGUGUGUGUGUGUCUUUGUGUGAGACCCUCUUUGUGUUGUUGGACUUGUCGAAACACGGACAAGAGAGACAAAUUGGUCGGUUUGAACAGAAAACUCUGUCAGGUUUUACAUCCAACCUUUAGUGGUCGAGUCGAGACUGUGUUUGAUGAAAAUUAGGUUCGUCCCGAUACGAUAUUGAUAUCGGAUAUUGGUCGAUAUCAGCAAUCCGAUACAAGCAGUCCAUUCCAGACUCCGCUCCAGCACUUCUACCUAGCAGAGCCCACAGAAUCACAACAACAGUGUGUACUGAGGUGAUUAUAAUUAGAUGUAAUGUUAUUCUUGACGUCAUCGUGUUUUUUCAGUCUGUUCUGUCACAUCUGGGGUCAGGGAUCUCUGUCUCCGUCCUCCUCCUCUGUGUGUCUUUGUCCCCCCUGAGAGCGGACCGCCAUCACGUCACCUUCAGGGACGUUCAGGAAAUAAGUGAGGGGAUGAGGCGAGGACGGGAGCGUCAGGCGGAGCAGCAUCUGGUCCUGGUUACUGACAGGAAUCAGCGUUUUGAUCGUAACUCGCAGUCAAACAUGUAACAUAACAAAGCAGAUCAGACGGGCUGUGAUUGGUUUGGACGUCGUCUCCCUGAGGAGCUUUAAUAGAAGCUGACGGGACAUUUUUCCUCCUUCUCUUUUAUCACAUCUUGAUUAUUCUACGGUGUCCAGUUUGGCCCAGUUUACAUCGUUAGUGAAGAAAAGUUGAAAUGUGACGUUUCUCCCUCUCUCUGUGUCUCUGCAGCUCUUCCACGUCGCCUACGUCUUGAUCAAGUUUGCCAACUCUCCCCGUCCCGAUCUUUGGGUUUUGGAACGAUCCACUGACUUCGGGCAGACCUACCAGCCGUGGCAGUUCUUCGCCUGUGAGUACAAACGCACACACACACACACACACACACACACACACAUAAAAACAGACCUAUAUGAUCCACACAUGAACCUCCAGAGCGUCAGACUCCAUCAGGAUCACCUCACGCUCCUCUAACCUCCCUCAGGCCUCGGAUUAAUCCUCCUCUAAUCGCAGCAAGCGGCCCUCGAAGGCAGGCGUCUGAUUGGUUCAUCGGUUUGUUGAUCAGGUCAUCAAAUCAUCAAGCAGUGAGCUGAUUGGCUUUGGCAGCUGUCAAUCUAGGUGGGCUGCUGCAGGGGAAUUCCUGACAUGUCUGGCAGCAGGUCGCAGCUUGACGUUCACCUGAGGAGCAACCAUGAAAGAAAAGCAUCAUAAAGACGAAACGCGACUGAUGUAUGAACUGAUGAUCGAACGGUGGAAACGUUUAGAGUCCAAAACCAGUUCGGAUCAGUCCUCUGGUUCUGAUCCAGGACUAGUCCUUGAGUGUCUGAUGAUACCGAGAAGGACAGGAGAAUCAUGUGUGAGUGUUGGACACUAAUCUGCGAGUCCCUGAGAUGUUUGACCGUCACAUUCGGAGCCGCUGCAGCUGUUGGCGUCCUCACGCACUCCUUUGAGAUUAGAUCUGACAUCAUCACGCCUGAUAAAUCUGACACGUCCUCGCCGUCCUCCGCUCUUCUUCUGCGUGGAGAUAAAAUGAAACCGUUUCAGGAAUGUUCACGGAGAAACAGAGUAACUUUAAACAAGAUGAAGUCACGUCUCAGACUCUCAGUUUAUUUAACCCUGAAAGUUUCUUCAUCCUAGAUUCCUCAUUUCCAGUCGUGUCACAUAGAUCUAGAGUAGUAGAAGCUGAUGGCGGCACAUUCCAGCUGCUGUGAAGCUGAAAACACAUCUGAAGGUGUUUUUAAAGACGUCUAAAACACAGACCUCCUCUAAUUAUCACCGAGACGCUUCAUUAAAAUUCCACAGGACGGUUUUCACUCACCUAUUUGCAUUUUUGUGGUUUUACUUUUGUGUGUUUGUGUGUGUUUGUGUGUGUAGCUUCUAAGAGAGACUGUAUCGAGCGGUUUGGACAGAGGACCAUCGAGAGGAUCAACAAUGACGACGAUAUCGUCUGCACCACCGAGUACUCCAGAAUCGUCCCGCUGGAAAAUGGCGAGGUGAGAGUUUGUCCCCUUCAGUUUUCUCUCUCACAGAUUUAUGGAAAAGAGAAAACAGAUGAAAGUUGUUCAGAGAAUGAAAGUGUUGCUGCAGUAAAAAACUCCUCAUGCGUCCACAGAUCGUCGUGUCGUUGGUGAACGGUCGACCCGGAGCGAUGAACUUCUCCUACUCCCCGGUCCUCAGAGAUUUCACCAAAGCCACGAACAUCAAGCUCCGAUUCCUGAGGACCAACACGCUGCUGGGACACCUGAUGGGAAAGGCGCUGCGUGACCCCACGGUCACUCGCAGGGUGAGACUACGAUAUGAUAAUCACCUCCACAGCAAUCUUUUAUUUUUUGGUUAUAAAGGAAAACAAAUAAACAAAAUACUGACUAGUUUUUUUGUUUACUAGAUUGAACGGACGGAUAACACACAGACUGUUGAGCCGUAACGCCAAAGUCCGUUUCUUGUUCGAUUUUUAUUUUGAAAAUCGAAUGAACAGAUGAAACUCGGAUUAUUACUGUGGAGAAAUACCCAGAUACAGCUCUGUCAUAAUAAUAAUAAUAAUAAUAAUAAUUUUAUUUAUAUAGCACCUUUAAAAACAGAAGUUUACAAAGUGCUUAGACAACAGUUGUAAGCACAGAGCAUCAGCACAUUGAAAAUAAAAACACAUAAAAACAAAAGCUCAGUUAAAAACAGGCAUCUGAAUUGUAGGCCUGUUUCACUUUUCGUAAGAAACCCAGGCAAUACAAGAACCCUACAAAAUAAAUGGGACCAUGAGGACCAAAAUAAAAGCAAAAAAAAAGAAAUAGAAAAGGAGGGAAGAAAACAGGCUAGUAAGUAUAAAAGAGGAUAUUAAUAAUAAUAAUAAAAUCAUAAUAAAAUAAAAUGAUGGUAAUAUAAAUGAUAAAGUGGAAUUAAAUAUAUAUAUAUAAAAUAAAGGAAAAUGAAAACAUUAAAAUCAAUAAAAAGAUUAUAAGUAAAACAAAGGCUAAAAAGGCAGUAAGUCUAAAUAAGAAAGAGGUGAAAGAGGUAAAAGAAAAAGGAGAAAAAUAAAAACGGUAAAAGGCAAUAAAAGAUGAAAGAUGGCAUCACAUAAAGGCAAGUCUGUAAAAGUGAGUUUUAAGUCAUGAUAACUUAUUGAUGCUAAAAGCUGAAUUUAUGUAUCGUCUCUGUCUACAGUAUUACUACAGUAUCAAAGACAUCAGUAUCGGUGGACGCUGUGUGUGCAACGGUCACGCUGAGGCCUGCAACGCCGAGGACCCCAACGACCCCUACAAGUAAGUUUUAGAUUUGAAGUCCUGACUCUCAGCAAACCUGCGUCGUUUUGUCUUGAACCUCACGCUGAUGCUCGUUUGUGUCCUCGAGUAAAGAUGAGAGGAAAUGCUCGGUAAGUGAUUUAUGACAUUUCAGCGACGACCUGCUCCCACUGACUGUAAACAAACACGCUCACACUCAGAAUUCCUGCCCCGGAGCUGCGGCUCUGAUCCGCAGCUUUCAUUUCUUCUGCUCUGCGGUUUCUUCCUGUGCCAGCGCUGCCUGUCAACAAACCUGCAUGCCUGUAACACAAAUAAGGUUUGUUACGACACACGGGAGCGAAAACAAAGGAGGUCAGGAGGAGAGAAAAGUCAUAGAAGAACUUCUCUGUAACCACCUCAAAAUAAAUCAGAGAGUGAGGCGACUGCAGGUUUCAGAUCGGAGAGUUAUUAGAGUCAAAGUCAAACUGGAAAAACAAACUUAUUACCAACCUGACAUCUGAUAUUAAACCAGCUUCUCUGUCUGUCUGAGUCUCAGAUUUCUUCAUCUGAAUAACCACUCGUGCACUUUUAACCCCGUCUGCUGUUUUCUGUUAACUCCAAGUGUAACAUAAGUCUAUUAUCUUGGAUAAAACAGAAUAAUAAUAAUAAUAAUGGUGCAUUUUAAGGUGUCUGAAUUUACUGGACGAGGCUUAGAGGAGCAGCGUUAAGUUUCAUAAACAGACGGAGGAGAAUAGUUUUAAGAAAUGACAUUAAAAAAUCAACCAAUUAGUCAGCUGAUUAAUCACAAGGCCGAUGUCUCCAUCAUCUUAAUGAAUGUAUGAAUUCUGCUAUGUUGUACACCUAAACACAAUAUAAGUCUAAAACAAGAUGACUUUAUUUAUUUUAGCGCUUGCCUUAUAUUCGGAUGGGGCAGGCGCUAAAGUAAUUCUGUAGAUGUAACCGUCUUGUUUCCACCUCUGAUUUUGCUUUUUUCUGACUUGGUAACUGAACCUCUAGUAACUCAGGUGUGACAGUAUAUUUGUCACACCUAUAUAUUUGACAAUAUAUCAAAUACUAAAGACAACACCUGAGAUGAUAUUAGCAUCAUGUAUCGGCCUCUUCUGCUGUUGAAAAAUCAUAUAUUUAUAUUUUGAGCAGGGUUCCUUGUAAUUUGAUCAAUUAUCAGGUCUUAAAAAGUAUUGAAAAUGAAAAUAAAAUACUCUAUACUGUAAGGCUUUAAAUAAACAAGCAGCAGUGAUUUGUAAAGUCGUAAAAAUGAAAAUAAGACUCAUGGUGAAGAAACAUCUGGAGGUCUGAUUAUAACCUCCGAACUUCCUCUUCCUUUAUUUCACUCUGUGACCGCGGCGGAUAAACAAGAUGGAGCUUGUUUUAAUGCACAUGAAUUUACUGUAGUCUGUGUGUGUCUGUGUGUGUGUGUUAAUGUGUGUGUGUUAAUGUGUGUCUGUGUGUGUGUUAAAAGUGUGUGUGUGAUUUCCAGUUUCCACGAAAGAACACGUAUUUAAUAAGAAGUGGAAGUGAGCUCGAUGUGAGUAAUUUAGGAACACCUGCAAUUGUCCGUGUGUUACUGUGCAACAUAUACGUGUGUUUUUAGUGUUUUUAGUGUGUGUGUGUGUGUGUGUGUGUGUGUGUGUGUGUGUGUGUGUGUGUGUGUGUGUGUGUGUGUGUUACUCUCCUGCAGGCUGUCAUUACUGUCAAACCAUCAUGACUCACAUAUACACACAGGAACAAUACACACUCCUGAUGCAGUUUGUUCUCCGUCCGUCUUCUUUAUGGGAUUACACACACACACACACACACACACACACACACACACUCAUGCACACACACACACGUCCUGUUAUACAUCCCUUGUAUUUCUCUCCUCACACACACACACACUUGCAGAGGCUUGUUGGAGGUAUCUGGAGAGCGUCUGAAGCGGUGAUGUAGCUCUUUCCAUGUUGUUGCACGUGAGUGAUUUGGGGAUUAGGGAGGAAAGGGGGGAUUUCAGGGGGGAGGGAGGAGAGGAGGGGAGGUGGGGGUGUCAGACAGUUUGAAGUACAGUUGAGGGUAAUAGAAAGCUCCUCAGUGGGGUUUGCAGUGACCCCGGCAUCCUGCAGCAGAUAUUUUAGCUGUGAUGAGGCUGAAACGGAGAGUUAGUCCGAGAGCUCUCCAUCGAUGUAAACCUGAGAAUAUAAAUUAGGACAGUUUUAAAAAUUCUACAUUAAUAAACCAAAAACCAUUCAGGACUCGGGUAAAAGCGAGUUUUUAUAGUAACAGAUCAGCCACAAUAGACAGAAGAUGAUCUUAUUUCAUGUUUGUGUCUUUUUGACAUCUUCAGUUACAGACACAGACGGUGUGAUCCUCUCCUUAAGUCCAAUCUGUGUCUCAUGGACAGAAACCAGAGCGAAGUGUGUGUUUAAACUCCAGCUGCUGAAAUUAAGAGGAACCUCGUGUCGUCUGUGUGAGUGAGUGAGUGAGCUCUGAAGUUUAGAGCAGACAGAUGUUUGAUGGCUGUUAGUAAUAUCAGACGGUAAGACGACCCGUGUGGAUAUCUCAACAUAUCUGCUCGCACGCUUCUGCAAGAGACCCUCUGAGUCUGUCUUUGCGUGAUCAAAUCCUCAACUCAGUCCGUCACAGUUUAAAGGGAUAUUCCACCGAGUUAGACCCCCCCUCCAGAGAUGAAUGUUGUCGACCGCUUCCUUCUCUAGUUAUACCAACUUUAGUAACGACCACAGGAUAGUAAUACAGAGAGCCACGCCCUCAACCAAAACGCCACUCUAUAUCCACAAAUAAUGCUCAGAACAGCACCUAACUUCAUCACAACUCACCUACUCUCUUCCAUCAACUGCAGAGGAGUUUCGCAGCUCAAGGAAGAACAUUUAUGAUCAUUUCUUCAUGGAAAUACAAUCAGACCGAGACGCUAAGACAGAAGAACUACCGCGUCUGUAAAAUGAUUAAUAUGGUGAUUAUUACUUCAAGGAAAUGAUAAAGAAAUGAUCAUAAAUGUUCUUCCUUGAGCUGCGGCACCCCGCUGUAGUCUGUAAUGGACUGGCAUGAGGUCUCGCUACAAACAAGCGUCUGCUGGAAGAAAGUAGGUGAGCUAUAGCAGCACCCUGAGAUAAGAUUUAGUGUCUUUAAAGCUUCUCUGUGAUUUUGAUGUUUUGAGGAGUCGCUGGUCUGUCUUUAUUGAACAGGACGUGUUCAGACUGAGCUGUGGACUCUCUGUUCUCUGCAGUUCAUCUAAAAACAUCUCAAGAGUUAAAAGCUCUCCUUUUUACAGAGCACGCUUGCUUUAGUCUCUCGCUGGCAUCCCCUGCAUCAGCUGAAGUUUAUAUUAACUCUGCAGAAAGUGUUUAUACUCUCAUGACUAUUUCUAGACGUUCAGGAGAGAGCAGACAGACAGACAGUCCAGGGAAAUUUACCGCCUGUUGAACGAGGAGAAUAUCCGCCGUCUUGGCUUUACUCCCUUUACGAGGGAUAAAAGAGGAUUUGAGGAGAUUAUGGCGAUAAAAACCAUUGAUACUCAUCUCUUGAGGAUUAAUUUGGUCCUAUUAUAAUUCGCUGACAUGAUUCCUACUGUUUGUGCUUGUCAGGGCGUGUUUCUGCCGUCUGUGAAGGAGGUGUCCUCCCCGACUGUUUUUAAGGCCAAGAGUACAGGUGCUUUCACAGCUUAUGUCGUGAUUUUAUCGGGAGGUUCAAAAUCACCGAUGCAGAUCUGCAAAAGUUUGAGUUAUAAGACUUGCAGAAGAAAAUAGAGGCACCACAGUUAGUUCUAUAAAUGUUUUUAGUCAUUUUUAAUUAAAAAAUAUAAGAAAAUAAGAGUUUUAGGUUGUUAGAUGUUUAAAAAGCUGAUUUUUUUGAAGUAAUUUGAGAGUCUUUUGGUUUUGGACUUCUGGUAGGACCAAAAGAAUCAACUUUAAAACUUUUCUUUUGUUGACUAUUAAGUUUAAAGUUGAAUAACCAUAAAAAAAUUUAUACAAAAUGACACACAACAUACUUUAACUCACCUGUAGCCGAAAAACAACACGAUUAGAGUUUGCAAUAAUGAUGUCUGGAUGGACUUCAACCGUAUCGAACAUCAAAUUUAACGAGACAGAGAGACCAAUUAAAUCAAUGUGUUCAUGCACACUUUUUCCCUAAUUAGGCACACGUGCACACGUCUGUGCAGACUGCGUGCAGGAUCAUAUUGAGGCCAGCUGCUCGCUCCCUCGCUCGGUCAGAGUUAGUUCUGUUCUGCACCAUUUGGUUUCACUUUUCUGCAUCACCUCCAGAUCAGGAUCGGAGCUCAGGGAGGUGAGCAGCAUCUGGGUUAAUCAUCAACACAGUGUUUGAGUGUAAUUGUUCCUGAACCUGUGCAUGUGUGUGAGUGUGUGUGUGCGUGUGUGUGUGUAGCUCUGGAAAGAAAAUAGGUCUUUCCUCUGGGAGCCGGCGAAGUGUCGGGAUUAUAACAAAGCGUAAAAAGAGGAAGGAACUGCAGAGGAAGAUUAGUUUAGUAUUUUUUCCUUCUUUUACAGUUUGGGACCUAAAUUCUCUUUAAGUGAAUUCCUGCAGUUACUGAGAGUGUAGAGGGAGCGCUAAGAGGACGUCACGCAGCCGUCCAAAACUCAUAUUUCAAAGCUCGUCACCGUGCCAGAAUGAGAGGUUUUAUUUCUUAAUAUGCUCGACGGUUCCAGGAAAAACAAAGUGGUGUGACCCAGGUGAGUGAAAGUUUGUAAAGUACCUAAGUGCUGCAUACCACACGUCACAUAAAAACCAAGAUAAAUGAGCUGCAGAGGGAGUUUAUAACGGCUGCUUUUAAUGCACAUUCGAUCAGUCUGACUUAUUUUGAUAAAGACUCAGAACAGAUGGGCUGCUAGAAGUAUUAAAGCUCCUAUAAGCAACUUUCUGACAUUAAUAAAAUUCAUACGAGUUGUUUUACCGGACAUCGAUCACAGUGACAGUUUCUACGUCGUCAUUUUUAAAGCCUAAAACCAGCUUGAGGGAUGGGUGUCAGACAAAUAGCACAUGUAGGUGACAAUAGAAGCAAUGCCCGUUUUGUCCACAGGGGGCGCCAAAGCAGACACAAACAAAAAGUUCCUCACAGGAGCUUUAAGCUGGAUACGUCACUGUAUAAACUUCCCCGGACAAUCCUUUAAAUGUCUGCGGUUUUGUACGGGAGUUUCGAGUUUGUGUCAUGUGGACUCACUGAGUUAGAAACACGUAAAAGACACUCGAUCUGACCUCUGUGACUCCGCCCCCGCGUAGUCGUGUCAGAAUAUGGUCACCCUACUUUAGUGGACGUUAGAAAUGUUAUGGUUGUGAAAUGGACACUAAAAUAGAAACCUUUUAUUCAAACAAACCUCCACAGAUUAAAAAAAUGCUGCUCCAGAAAAUAUUUCACUUUAACUUCAGUGUUCGUGUCUCAAUCGUCGGAGUGAUCAGACAGUUACAUCACCUGAUAUGCUUGAAAACCUUUAAAUGUUUAGAAAAGGUAGAAAAAAUACAGAAGAAAAAGUUUGUCAUGAAAGAAAAUAUUUAAAAGACGAUGUGAUGAAGUUUCUAGACGUUGACGUUACGCUGACAGCCAAUCAAAAUCCUCCACAAUCCAGACAUAUUUGAGUGAAAGUUAACACGUUAAAGUUUCAUUCAGGCCUGAAGCGAUGUCUGCGGGAAAUUAAAAGACCUCCGCUUUAGAAACAGCAAAGACUGAAUGAUUCAGGAGGUCGACAGUGUUUAUUUCAUGACUCAGAAAAGACUGAUGAAGCCCAGACAGAAGAAAAUCCUUCUGAAAACUGUUUAAAGUGUCAGUAUCUCAUAUUUUUGAACAGCUGUAGUCAGGGUUCAGGUUUUAGAAAACAAGGACAUAAUGAUGGAGAGAAGACGAAGUUCACAGGAAACCGUGUUUAUAACCUCUGUAUGUGCUCGUAAAGAUAACCCGCUUAAAUAAAUAAAAAACUGAAGCUUUACGGUCCGUCAACUAAACUCAAAGUUUACUCUGCCCGGUCAGGAAGCUGGAACUAGCGACCAAAUCCAGGAAGUAGUGAAUCUAGGUGGAAACCGUCCAUUGAAAGUCAUUUCCUAAAACGCUUGAACAAAACUGAUCGCAUGGGAGGAAAAGAAAGAAGCAUGAAGGGAAAGGGAGAGAGAGAGGGAGAGAGAGGGAGAGAGAGAGAGAGAGAGAGAGAGAGAGAGAGAGAGAGAGAGAGAGAGGUGAAUGAAUGGAUCUGAUAGAAAAGGUGAAAGCUGGAAAUAUAAGCGGGUCUGUAGAAACACAAUAUACAGACUUGUUAUCAGCUCAGACCAGAGGAGCACACUGAGACCUGCAGAGGGGCCACCGACGAGAAGAUCUGCAGACGUUUGAAACGAUUGAGAAAAAUGUUUUAAAUAGAAACCUGAAAAAACAAACAGGAAAUGAAGUUUAAACGGGUCGUAACAGGGACGCAACUUUUACCGUGUUUCGUUUGAACUUCAUGCAAAUUUAAUACUGAUAUUCAUGUUGUGAAAAAGCCAAAAAGAAGUUAUUUUGGAUUCCCAGAUUAGAUUCAAAUGAAGAUUUCUGAGGUGAUUUCCAUCUGAUCCGUUUCACUCCUUUUGACCGUGUUUCUCUCUCCUCUGCGUUUGUCUCUCGAUGACUUGUUAAGACGACUCAGAGGGAUGAGAGAAAAGCAUUAAGGAGGUUUUUUGUCUCUCUCCCUGCUGUGUUUUGGCCACACUCUGCAGGCCGCAGGUUUUCAGACUAAUCCGAUUAAAAAGCCAGAGUGAAGCAGUCGAUGGAGGAGGAGGAGGAAGAUUAACUCCUUCAUUGUCAGGGGGGUCUAUUCCUCAUUUUGCUCUUUUUCUUUCUUUGAGGUGACAGAAGGAAGAGGAAGGUGAACUUUUUAGAGAGUUAUAUGAGGUUUUACCCGAAGCUGAGAAAGUUUAAGUCGAAAAACAACUUGAUUUUCUCUCAUCCACUCUGUUGUUUCUCGUUGUUUACAGGUUACAGUGCGACUGUCAGCACAACACCUGCGGCGUAUCCUGUGACCAGUGCUGCCCCGGGUACAACCAGUUACCGUGGAAACCUGCGACGACCUACAGCGCUAACGAGUGUGAACGUGAGUGCUGCGAACUCCAACACACACACACAUGCAGCAGAGAGAUACACACAGAGAAACGCACACUCGGAGUGUAACCAGUGAUCCCUGCAGAGGAAUGUGUUUUCUGUGGAGAGGCGGGUCAGCAGAACCGGUUAGCCGCAUUGAAGCUUCUCCUGAUCACUUCUGCACAAACCGGGUCCAAACUUCUAUGCACAAAUGCAUCAUGGGAAAAAAAGAGCUGUGAGAGCCUCUUCAUUCACAGAUGUUUGACAUGUUCAGACAGAACUUCAGUUAUAACUGUGAUAAAAUAAAAACACAAAACAACUUCGGAUGUGUAGUUUAAAAAGGUAUCAAGGUUCGGGUAAUAAGGUGUAACACAGGGUGUGUCUUAUUCCUUAAAGCUUUAAUAUGUAAAUAUGUUCUAUGUUACUAAUAGGGCUGGGCGAUAAACCGAAAAUUUACCGAAACCGAAAUUUACAACAAUAACCGACGUCAUUUUGUCCAUAUCUGUCAAAAAAAGUAAAUAAAUCAAAUUUGGUUUUGGACGUGUGCAGGUCCGCUAUGGUCUCAUGUCCCUCUAAGACGCUGCCCUAAGAGCUCCCCCUACUGACAGACUUUGGUAUAAGACGUAAACCUCGUUACCAUGUUAGCAACUGUAAACAUGAGUCAGUUAAUUGCAUUAGAUUAAAACUCGUUAACUCCUUAACACAGUUCCUUUUUCUUUGGUGUUGGUUUAAAUUAUUCAGGUACAUUCAUAAAAUUUAAAGUAGUAAAAGUAAAUAUUGGAUAUCAGUCCGAUAUCAGCAAAAAACACAUAUUGAAUAAUAUCGGCCUGCAACCAAGAUCUCCGAUAUCAGCACUCCGAUAGAAGCAGUCCAUUCCAGACUCCCAUUUCAGCCGCUUGUAUCUGCGAUCUUGUUCUUUCGGUCAUUACCCAAAGUUCAUGACCAUAGGUGAGGAUCGGCAUGUAGAUCGACCAGUAAAUCGAGAGUUUCGCCGUACGGCUCAGCUCUUUCUUCACCACGACUGAUCGGUUAAGCGUCCGCAUCACUGCUGACGCCGCUCCUGAGACAUUUGAACUCCUCCACUUGAGGCAGGACCGCCCCUCCGACCUGGAGAAGGCAGUCUACCUUUCUCCGACUAAGGACCAUGGCUAUUUCGGACCAUUCGCAUCAAUAUCAGUAUCUGUCAAUAUUGAAGGCGACAAUAUCGGUAUCAUAUCGUGAGAAAAAUAGUUGUAUCAGGACACCCCUAAAGACAUAACUACCUUUAAUUCAGUCCAAUCCAGUCGUCAUUAUCACCCAUCCUGGAUUCUAAAAGCACUAUUUGUGUCCUGGAGUUCCACAGGGAAACGUCCCGGGUCCUCUAAACUUUCUUAAAAUCUGUAACUCCUCUUGUUUUAGUGUUAAAUUGAUAAAUCCAGAGUGUGUUUGCAGAGACAGAGUUCAGUCGUGGUCGUAGAUCUUUAACAGAUCAGCCUCUCUGGAGCGUUUUAAGGCGUUUUUCAGCUUUAACCUCCACGACUGAGUUCUGCUGCAGUUUGUCAGGGUCGGUUACGACAAAUCUCCGAGUAUAUUUGUAUGACUUUUUAUCAGAGCUGCAGUUUUGUUUAACAAAGAACAACAUGGCAGAGAGUGUGACUAAAGGGCAGCAUGAUAUGAAGACUGAGAGAUGCAGGCAGUUGCCAAGUUGUCUCUUCAUGAAUUCUCUUGGAAAAGAAGUCGUUCAGCUCUGAAGGUAAAGUCUGAAAGAAGAGGUCUGCUCAGUUUAUCGUUUCACUCGCCGUCCGCUCGGAGAGUAUUUUUAGAUUUUGUCUGUUUAGUUUUAAAGACUGGAAAAGCGCCUCCUUCAGACUGAGAAAAACCCUGACCCGUUAUCACGUCCAACACUAUCAGGAGGAGCCAGAGUCGGAGGAGCAGGAUAAGGAGCGCUGGUUUAUUCAGCCGGCACCUCUCAGGCGCUGAGGGUCAGAUAAGAACAAGAAGCUCCAUCGAGGAAAGGUUCCCGUGUUCCCGCCUGAUUGUUAAACUCACGCUCCAAACCAGCUUCGCGACGGUUAUUGAAGCUUGGAUUAGCCUCUAAAAAUAACUCAUAACCUCCAAAAGGCGGACGGAUUAAUCCCCGAAGGAGACUUUGAUCUGAGACUGUAAUCAGACUUUGAAAUAUCCCUUUAAUGAUUCAUGAAAAAACCCGACCGACCUCACGCUUUCUGCGUCUCAAACCCGACUUUCAUCUCUUUGAGAAACCCCCGCAGCCUGUGUGGUCGUCUUAAUUACGCCGUCUCUCAUUUCUUCUUAUUUGAUUUUAUCGGCGAAGUGUGUCAUCUCUACACCUGUCAGAGGAAACAGGUUUUAAAACAACAAACGAGUUCAGAGCGACUUCAUUUGUCAGGCUUUGAUUCACGACUGCGGUCGUCUCAGAAGAUUCAUAAAUGUGUCGGUGAAGACGAGAUGAGACGAUAAAGUUAAUGAGAGAAACUGCUGUGGUUUGAUUUAUGCAGAAAUCUGCUUCUGUUCUGAUCGUCUUUGUCCUGUUUCCUCUCCUCCUCUUUUUGCUUCUCGGCUUUACCGAGGCUUGGUGGUAUGGCUUCAAAUCAAUAUCACGAUAUAUUGAUCAGUUCACCUUGAUAACGAUAAAUGGACGAUAACUACUCAACAAGCUGCUCACCCCCCACAUUAACUUGCUGAUAUCAGAGAUUUUAGAUGAAGGCCGAUAUGAUCCGAUAUUCGUUUCUUUGCUGAUAUCAGACCAAUAUCUGAUAUCAAUAUCAUAUCAGGACACCCCUAAAUGUCUUUACUUAAACUUAAAAACACAAAAAUUUGUUGUUAUUCGAAUCCACAAAUUUCCUGACAGGAAACAGAUUUUAACAACUUCAAAAUUUUCUGUCAUAAAACUCAAGAUGACAAACUUGACACACUCUGGGUUUUUAAUAAACAUAUCAGACGUGUUUACAUCAUUUCUGUCUGAAUAUUUUGUUUCUGAAAAUCUAUAUUUCUAAAGGUUUUGACAUCUUACCCGGGAUUUCCACCGCAUCCGGAACCAAUUCCUACUGGAUAUGUUUGCGAGGCGAAUUUCGUGGCAGGAAUUGCGAGAAUUCACAGGAACCCGCGGAAUUUACACGCAAUCGUGCGAUAACAAGUUGUCUUUAUAAAGACAGACACAGAGGCAAACCAUAAAAGCAGUAGAUUGUGUCCUUCCAGAGGAGGAAAUCUACUUCUAGACUUCGUCCGGCGUCCGGAAAAAAUAGAACUCUUGUGAUCAGCUGAGGAGUCCGGCGAUCUGCAGGGAAACAGAACGAAUCCGGUGUAAAUUGACACGUCAACUUGAAUGGUUACGAUCAGCUACGAUCGGAGGAUACGACUUUUUUCGUAGCCGUUCCAGAUGUCAUGGAAAUUGGGGGUUCGAGGGAAAUGAGACCAUAGCCUACCUACACACAUCCAAAACCAACUUUGAUUUAUUUAUUUAUUUGACAUCAAAUAUACCGUUACGGGCAAAAUGAUGUCGGUUAUUGUCGUAAAUUUCAGUAUCAUAAAUUUUAAGUUUAUCGCCCGGCCCUACCGCCAUCAUUUUCAGGAUAUUCAGUUUCUAUUUCAGGUCAAGUUUCGAGGUUUUUAGCUUUCAUGACCACCUUUUCAAACUUCGAUCGUCGUUUUAUCGUUCGUCUCUCAACACAUCGAUGACAUAUUGUGAGAAUAGUUCUUCAUUUAAAGGCGUCACCUGCGUCUGAGUCUGUGUUUUUAUUUCUUCUUUCAGCCUGUAACUGUCACCGCCAUUCCUUCGACUGUUACUACGACCCCGAGGUCGAUCAGAGGCGGGGCAGCCUCGACGGCCACGGACACUACAGAGGGGGAGGAGUCUGCCUCAACUGUCAGGUACGAAAACGCCACAGAGAAAGAGCUCUGAGGUGAAGCCUGAGGAGAUAAGGAUCAGGGUGUCUUUGUCUUCUGGCACCUGAUAGGGGCGGUAUCAUGAUGUAAAGGAGACAGAGACAUAGAUUUAUUUAUUUAAUAUCCGCUGAUCUAUUUACAGCAUCACACCACCGGAGUCAACUGCGAGCGCUGCAUCCCCACCUUCUACAGAUCACCUGACCACUCCAUCGAGUCCCCGCUGGCCUGCUCACGUCAGUAUUUACAUUAAUCAUCGUUUAUUUCUGCUUAAACCUUCGUCCGCUCGCCCUCGUCUUCUCAUCUUCCUCUCGGUUUCUCUCCAGGCUGUAACUGUCAGUCACAGUUCACGGACGGCACCUGCGAGGAUCUGACCGGUCGCUGUUUCUGCAAACCGAACUACGCCGGGGAGAACUGCGACACCUGCGCAAACGGCUUCGUCAACUUCCCGGACUGUUACCGUGAGUUAAAACAAGAAGAAGAACUUGUAAUAUACCGUCUGUCUGGGACAACAAGACCGUCUCUAAACCAGCUGUCUCUUUGUCCGUCAGCCAUCCCGACCGAUCCGACCAACAACAACAACAACGGAGAGGCCAAAACAGCCGGAGAGAUCAUCAGUAAGAGCCUCGAUGUGUUUGAGAGAGAAGCUGACAGAUGUCUGACUCUCCUGUGUUCAGAUGGUUUUGGGAGUUUUGGGAAAAACUUUGUUUAAAUGUGACGGUGUGAACUCAAACUCUCUCUAUCAGCCUGACGGUGUUUUAUUUUUAAUCGGUAUCAUCUGGAAACCCGAGCUGAGAUUGAUUCCCAAAACACAGAAGAUCCGCCGUAUCAGUAUUGACAGAAACAAACUUCUGUUUCCUCUCUCUCUCUCUCUCUCUCUCUCUCUCUCUCUCUCUCUCUCUCUCUGUGUGUGUCUGCAGACUGUGAGUGCAGUGCAGCUGGGACUGUCGAUAACUCCUGCAGACCUGAUCCCAACACUCGGACCUGCGUCUGCAAACCGGGUUUCACCGGCGACCACUGCGACACCUGUGCGCCGGGUUUCCACGGGCUCAACUGUCAGGGUGAGACACGAAGAGUGAUUGAUUACAGCGUCGGUUCAUGUUAAUCAUGUUUUGGAUCAAUCAAGGAUUAAAAUAGUAGAAAAUAAUAAAGUCCAGGGAACACAGCCUCUGUUGGAGCUUCGUUAAUUAAUAAAAAUAAUCAAUAUCUACUCUAAAAAACCAAUCAGAGGCACAGAUUCCAGUCUGUUUAUGUUUGUUAAUUGAUCCCGUGUUCGUUUACCCCCCAGGAGCAGCCUCACACACACACUAACACACACUUACACACACACACACUCCUGAGUAAACAGCAUCUGUUCAUGUGUGUGUGUUCCUUCAGGCUGUCAGUGCUCAGGUCCGGGCUGUCUGGACGGGUCAUGUGACUACAUAACGGGUCACGGCGUGUGUCGGAGCGGUUUCCAGGGUUACCAGUGCGACCAGUGUGCGCCGGGAUACUUUAACUACCCUCUGUGUCAAUGUGAGUGAAGAAUUAGAGAAGAGAACGGUGGAGCGGUGGAGAAACCUGACGUCACUGACUGAACUCUCUGUUUCUGCUCGUAGUUUGCGGCUGCAGCUCCGUCGGCUCUCUGCCUGAAGGCUGCGACUCUUCGGGUCGGUGUCUCUGUAGACCCGAGUUUCAGGGACCUCGAUGUGAACAGUGUCGAUCUGGAUUCCACUCCUACCCCAACUGUCAAGGUACACACACACACACACACACACACACACACACACACACACUCACGUAAAACUGAUCUGUUUCGGCUGAUAACUACGACGGGGUAUUAGGGCCACAUUAAGAAAAAAAAAUGAAGAAGUCGUAAUAAAAUCAUUAUAAUAAUUAUGAUCAUGUGGUCCUGAUGUGUCUAAAGAUAUCUCGUUUUAGAAACCUACCGUAUAUUAAAGCACAUUUUUACAAAAUACUCCAUUAUUUCAACAACUGUCAUCUUAAACAACAAAAUAGAAAAUAAGGACUUUAUUCUGACUUUACCUUCGUAACUAAUUACUUUAUAACAGCCUUUUUCUUGUAAGCAAUAACUUUAUUACGACUUUAUUCACGUAAGAUUUUACUCUAUUACGACUUUUUCUUGUAUGUAAUUUUUUAUAACAACUUUUUUUUCACAAGUAAUUACUUAAUAAUGAUGUAAUUCUUGUUUGUAAUUUCUUUAUUACAACUUCCUUCUUGUAAGUAAUUCCUUUAUUUUCACUUUCUUCUCCUAAGCAAUUACUUUUUUACAGCGUAAUUCUCAUAAGUUAUUACUUUAUUUCAACUUUAUUCUCGUUGGUAAUAACUGUAUUAUUACUUUGUCCUUAUUUGUAAUUACUUUAUUACCACUUUAUUCUUGUAAAUAAUUACUUUAUUAUGACUUAUUUCUGUUAGUAAUUACUUUUUUACGACUUUAUUUUCGUAAGAAUUGACUUUAUUUCGACUUUCUUCUAGUAAGUAUUGACUUUAUAUCAACUUUAUACUUGUAAAUUAAUGACUUUAAUCUCGAAGUCUUAAAUUGUUCUUUUUUAUUCAUCUUGCCUUAAUACUCUGACGUCGUCGAUGACAGUAUAGAAUAUGAAAUCAUCUCCUCAGACUGAUCACGUCUGGACUCUGCAGACUCAGAUGGAAACACUUCCCUCCUUCUCGUCAAGUGUUGGAUUACCUUGUAAAACUUUACGAGUCUAUUAAAGUCUCACCUUGCCAAAUGCCAAAUGCACAGUCUGAUAAAAUAAACCCUUGAAUACCACACAGUUGAAUAGUUGUAGAAAUCAUUUCCAGGUCUGUUCAGAUACUCAGAGAACUGUCAUGUGACUGUUCCACCUGCUCCACCUGUACAAAUGAGACUGACAGGCUCACAGCACCUGCGCUCAAGAAUACACUUUAAUUUUCUCCUCAGUUUGCACCUGUGAUCCUCGCACCUCAUUGGACACCAGCUGCACCGCAUCAGGUCACUGUCACUGCAGACCUAAUUACAGCGGAGCAUCAUGUGACCAGUGCGCACCUGGUUACUACGGUUUCCCGAGCUGCACACGUAAGUCUGAGAGUCUGUGAGGAUGUCGUCUCUGAUAUCAUGAGCGGGUGAAUGAGUGGCGUGUUCACGGUUUUGUUUCCUCAGCCUGUCAGUGCUCGCCUGAGGGCUCACGCUACAGCAGCUGCGACCACGUGACGGGACAGUGCGGGUGUCUGCCCAACGUGGUGGGACAGAGGUGUGACAGCUGCGCGCACGGCUCCUACGGCUUCCCCAACUGUCAAGGUACAAAAACACAUAAGUAAAUAACUCAGGAACACGGUUUUGUACAGUUUAUGUUUAUCUAAUUGCUUUGUGGUUUUUAUCUGUGAAAAUCUCUCUAUAAAUAAACUUAGUUUACUUUCUUUUUUGUUUAAAGCUGGAACCUGUCAUCCUGCCGGCUCCGUUCAGUACGCAGUUCCUCCUCCAGUGGUAAGAUUUCGUGUGUUUUUAAUAAAAUAAGUCCAUUUGUCUGGAUGAAUUUACAAAUCAGAUAUUUUGCUGCAUGAAUUCAAUAAAUGAUAAUUAAUUUUAUACUAAUAGAUGUCAUAGUAGUAUUUUUUUCUCAUUGUGUUUGGCUGCAGCAUUCUCAUUGGUUAAUUCUCCUGUCAAUCAUCCUCUCAGGGUCAGUGUGUGUGUCGUCAGCAUGUGGAAGGUCCGGCCUGUGACCUCUGUAGACCUCUGUACUGGAACCUCUCUCCGGACACUCCUGAUGGAUGCUCCAGUGAGACUCGACAAACACACUCAUCCACAAACAGGAAUAAAUUUAGUUUUUCUUUUAUUUAUACUCAGGAAAAAUCAAACUAAAGUUUGUGUUUCUGCUCUUUCCUGCAGACUGUGAGUGUAACGUCGCAGGUACGAUCAGCGGGGUCGCCGAGUGUGCACAGGUGAGCGACUAAAACUCUAUGCAUAUGUAGUAGUUUUUAUUUUCAACAUUAUUCAUUAUGAUUUUUGUGUUGCAUUUUGGUGUUAUGACUUGCUUUCUGGUCAUUUUUAACAGUAUUGAUAUAAUUUACAGAGAAAAACAUUAAACUGAGUGAACUUCAAGGUCAGUCCUUUCAUAUAAGUUGUUAAAGUUGUAAUUUUCUGCAUCUGUAUCUUGUUUCUAACAGGAAACCGGUCAGUGUCACUGUAAACCGAACACCUGCAGUGGAACCUGCUCCACCUGUAAAGACGGAUUCUACAACCUGCAGGAGCACAACUACUUCGGCUGUCAGGGUGAGGACUCAGCUGGAGGAUUUAACCGAAAUGAAUAAUAAUAACUUUAUUUUUAAAAACAGAAGUUUACAAAGUGCUUCGACAUGGAAAAAGACAGAUAAGAACAAAAAUCUCAUUUAAAACGGAAUUGAAGACCAUUUUCAUAAGAAAAUACAAGAACCAUGCAACAUAAAAUGAGACAGGAAGUCAGUGAAGGGAGGAUUAAACUGGAGUGAUGUGACGCCGUCGACUAAAACCAGUUGAAAGUUGGAGUCAGGAGAGCGAUUUCUGAUUUAAACCAGGGAGGAGAGAGUUACAGUUGUACUUUGAUUCUUCAUUUUUGCGUCCGUUAAUCUCACGUUUGUUUUCAGGCUGCCAGUGUGACAUCGGAGGUGCAGCAGGUCAGGCGUGUGGAGAGAGGAACGGCCGCUGUCGCUGCAGACCGAACGUGGAGGGACCCAAGUGUAAUCUGUGAGUGUGUCUCCGUGUGAACCACCACCUGUUCUCCUCUCCAUGUGUGAUUUUACUCUAAAUCUCUGUGUGUGUCUGCAGACCUCGUCCAGAUCAUUACUUCCCCGACCUCCAUCACCUGAAGUUUGAGAUCGAGGAGGGGACCAUGCUGGACGGUCGACCUGUUCGAUUCGGCUACAACCAGCUGGAGUUCCCAGGAUUCAGCUGGAGGGGUUACGCUCAGAUGUCCCCCAUCCAGGUAGGAACUUUUACCCCACCUUAAAGCUUGAAUUAAAACAAUUAUCAGAUAAAUUUUUGUGUUUUUUAUAUGAUUUUUUAAACCGUAUAGAUUCUGUUUAUAAUAGAUGACAUAUACGUCUGCAGCUGUGGCCCCUUCCUCCUCCUCCUCCUCCUCCUCCUCCUCCUCCUCUAAUCUAACAGCUCAGUUUUGGGGAUUUUUUAACAGGAUAUUUCUCUUUUCUACGUUUAUUUUUCAGCACAAAAACAUCCAAAGAUUUGAACACGUUUGUGAUUCAGGAUGAACUUUUUCCUGGUCUGUGUGGAUCUCGUUAAAAACGAACCUCAGCUGGUUGUUCAUGAAAUAUAAAAAGUGGAUAUUUCUGGUUGUUAUUUUUCUUUUUACUUCUUUGGAUGUUUGUGCAGAAAAAAAAAAGAUGAAAAGAGAAAUAUUGUGGUUGUGGAAGUGUUGCAUAGUGUUGCUUUAAAUGGUGACGGUAUUUCUUCGGUUUCUCUUCCUCUUCUUUGUGUUUUCACUCACCUGUUUUGGAUUUCUACCUUCUCUCCUCCCUCCUCUUUCCUACUAUGCAUCCUUCUAUCUCUCCUUCCCCUUCUCCUCGUGUUUCCUGCCGCCUUGCUCGCCGGUCUUUAUUCAGUCCAGGGUGUUGGUGACGGUCUCGGUCAGCUCUCCGGACCUCUUCCAUGUGGUGCUUCGAUACACCAACCGGGGGGGUUCGGACGUUCGAGGCCGGGUGGCGGUGAUCGAGGACGGCUGGAACUACUACUGUGGUAACUGUAAGACUAAUAAGAGAUGAAACUCCUCCUCCUCCUCCUCUUCCUCCUCCUCCUCCUCUCUCUCCACUUCUAUCACUCUUUCUAUCGGGGGUUAAGAUGGAAAGUGAUAGAAGAUCAUUUCCACUCUCAGGGCCACAGAUCAGUGCAGAGUUCAGGGAUUUCAGACGAAGGUUUCACCUCCUCUACUCCUCCUCCUCCUCCUCCUCCUCCUCCUCCUCUUCCUCUCUCUCUCUCCGUUCAUCCCUCUGUCCCCCUUAGACGGCAGUGAAGCUGCAGGUUUAUGUGAGCCAGGCAGACGUCUAUCUGACUCGCUUCAUCCUCAGAUAUGUAAACUCUGAAGGCCACACCUCCAAUGGUAAAAUAACAGCCUAUCAGGGCAGCCACAAAGGUAGGUCUCCACCAAUCACAGGACAGCGUCAGUGUUUUUUUACGUUUGUUAAUAAGUCGUCCAUUUUUCUUCCAUCUUUCCUUUUAAAGGAUCUAAAAUCUUGAAUCCUGAACUGUCUUCAUCCGUCCUCCUCUGACGUGUCCGUGUCUUUUCCAGGUUCAGAACAGUCCAAACAGAUCGUCUUCUCUCCCAGCGUGGAGCCCACUUUCGUCAACGUUCCCCAGAACAACUUCGUGGAGCCGUUUGUCCUGAACCCGGGAACCUGGACCGUGGUCAUCGAGGCGGAGGGGAUCCUGCUGGUGAGAGUCUCACACACACACACACAGUCAGACUCUGACAUGUGACUAUCGCGCACACGUACAUCGCUAAGACGAUGCUCAAACGAUAUAUCGUGCAGCCCUAGAUAAUGACCAGUCCUUCAUAAGAGAAACCCAAACCCAGCAGAUCUGAGUCCACGUUCUGUUUCCAUGCAGGACUACCUGGUCCUGCUGCCCAGUGCCUACUAUGAGGCUCCGAUCCUGCAGAUCAGGGUGACCGAACCCUGCACCUACAGCCCCGUGCACGACUCCGCCCACAAGUAAAGACCUGCAUCAGUUUUUUUUGUUUGUUUUUUUGCAUGGUUCAAAAGUAAAAUGAGCUCCCAUGAUGCUUUGCACCGUAAAAACAGUGGUCUUACCCCCCCCUCUCUCUCUCUGUGUGUGUGCAGCUGUCUGAUGUACAGGUAUCUCUCUCUGGACUCCUUCCCCUCCAUCUCCGGUAACGACGCCAGCUGCGUCCACGACAACCACCUGCCGCGCCCCUGCCCAUCCGAGAAGGUGACCCCACGCCACCCUGACAUGGCGGUGUGCAGCGGCCAUGAUGUAAGAACACACACACACACACACACGUCUUUCAAAGCUGCGGUGUGAAGAGAAGAACCUUCACAAACUCGUGUCUUUAUUUCAGAUGAGCGUGGAGCUGCGAGGUCGUCUGUCGUCUCCGGGCGAAUACGUCCUGGUCGUGGAAUAUUCCAGCGAAGACGAAUUACCUCAGACUCUGACUGUCGCCGUGAACGCACCGGGAUCCAGAUCACACCAGCGUCACGUCACCCUGCUGCACUGCAAGUACAGGUACAGAGGAAAUCCUCAACUCUGCUGCUGUGAGGAGCUCUUAGUUUGUGUUGACAGUGGCGCCCCCUGUGGCCACAAACGCUCUUAAACGGCGGUCUAAAAUCCGGCGUACAGCUGUGUUUAUGGAGACGAUUGAAAGGGUCUGACAUGUGUGGACUCAGCUGCCUCACAGUUUACCGUGAGUCUCUGCUCUUUAUGAAGUCUGUCAACACCUCUUAAUCACCCUGUGUGUGUGUGUGUGUGUGUGUGUGUGUGUGUGUGUGUGUGUGUGUGUGUGUGUGUGUGUGUGUGUGUGUGUGUGUGUGUGUGUGUGUGUGUGUGUGUUUGCGUAGCUUCCUGUGCCGAGUCGUGGCCAUAGACGACCAGCACAGAGUGGCCGUCUUCUCUCUCCCUGCAGACCCGGAGAUCCAGCUCAUCUCGGACCGAGCCAGCUUCUUCCUGGUGAGGGAACGCCGGGAGUCACGUGAUCAUUUAUAAACGCCGCAGAGAAACGAGUCUGUGAUUCAACGUAAAUCUUCUUCUCUGUCUCCAGCACAAAGUGUACCUGGUCCCUAAAGACCAGUUCAGUAUGGAGUACGUGGAACCCAAAGUCCACUGCAUCAGCACUCACGGACACUUCGCUCCUGACAGGUACGAGAACAGUCGAUGACUUUACAUCCUUAUACAUUCUCUCUCUCUCUCUAAACCAUCAACACGUUCCUCUUCUCUCUCCGUCUGUAGUUCCUCCUGCGUCCCCUCACGCUUCCAGACCCCGUCGGACUCUCUGGUCCUGAAGGAGGGUCAGAGCUCCUCCAUGCAGGAGCCCAUCCUGGCCUCUCCUGCUGCAGCUCCUCUUCUGCCCCUCCACCACCACCAGAGCGACCAGCCGGCCUGGACGGGAGGAGACCGACCUCCACAUGGAGCGGAUAACAGCGACCACGUCAGGCUGGACUCAGUACAGGUGAGGACUCAGGUGGAUUUAAAAAGUUUAAUUCUUGGAUUUUAGUUUUAUUCAGAGGUUUUUCUCUGUCUGUUUGAGUCUUUAUUUAUUCACAAAAGUCUAAAGUCACUCAGUGUUUUGAAGGUUCUGCUUUAAAAUGACAGAAAAGUAAAACUCUCAGACCCACAGCUGUGUUGGGUUAAAUUCGCUCAGAUCAGCUGCACACAGAAACCUGAAGGUGUGACUCUCCAUCAAAAAUCUUUAUUGUGUUUUUUAUGAAGAUGAAACAUGAACCCGCUGUAGGAAGAGACCCGAGCACGCAGAGGUUACAGGUUCGAGGAAACAGAUGUAGAAAAAUAUGAUUUUCUCCACACUCUUCAUCAUCUCUGAGGUUUGGAAACCGUGAGAGAAACGAGACUCGGGGAUUACACAGAGCUCACUUUUCUUUUUUUACCCAGAAUGCAGCAGUGUACUCUACCCGUGUCCACGCUCUGGGACGUUACGUCUUCAUCCUCCACUACCACCAGCCGCACCACCCCACCUAUCCUGUGCAGGUCUACAUCAACGGAGGACGAAUCUGGCAAGGUGAGCGUGACUGAGCUGGUUUAAGAGAACGUAAGACAACGAAAAACAAAAAUAUCAAAAAUAUUCUCAGUGCCCGUGUUAGAAAAGGCAAAAAUAGAAGCAAAACAGAACAUAAAAGUGGAAGCCGAAAAAGUCAAAGCGUUGUCUUUAAAAAAUUUUUUUUUUUUUUUUUUUUGUGUUUCUCCUUUUAUUUUGCAUUUUAUUUAUUUAUCUCAUGAUUAUUUUACGUGUACUGAUGACCCUGCUUUUUAAUUUAUUAUUUAUUUAUUUAUUUUUAUUUUUAUUAUUAUUUUGUUUUUGUUUUCUUCCUUUUUUUUUUCAUUUUAUUAAUUUAUCUCAUGAUUAUUUUUACUUGUACUGAUGACGCUGCUUUUUAAUUAAUUAUUAUUAUUUAUUUAUUUAUUUGUUAUUUUGUUUUUGUUUUUGUUUUCUCCUUUUAUUUUGCAUUUUUUUCAUUCAUGUCAUGAUUAUUUUUACUCUGUAUUGAUGACACCGCUGUUUAUUUAUUUUGUUAUUGUUAUUAUCUAUUUAUAUUUAAUAAAUCUUUUUCUUGUUUUUUCUUCCCUGUAAUUAAAUUUAAUGUUACCCCCCGGGACAAGGGUAGGGGCAAAGGGCUGUGGAUGAAUGGAAGUGUAAUAAAAAUAAAACAAAAUAAAAAAUUGAUCACAAAAAAAAUAAAAAAUAUCAUAAAAAAUAUAAAACUGUAUUUUCUGCUCAUCAGGCCACGCCAACGCCUCGUUCUGUCCUCACGCUUACGGCUGCCGAAACGUGCUGGUCUCUGAGAAUCAGAUCAUUCUGGACGUGACCGACCACGAGGUCUUCAUCACCGUACAGAUCCCUGCUGGGAGGACGCUCUGGCUGGUCAGUUUGUCUUUAACGCUUUCUCUUCCUGAAAUAAUGAUAAUAGGAAGAAAUGAAAAGAAAAUAUAAGAAGGGAAAGAAAAGAAAGAUGGUAAGAAAUGCAACAGUGGUGAAAUUUUAAACCAAAUCAAAGUCAUUCAACUCAAUUUGUAACUCUUAUCCCAAAUCGCUGUUUCCCCCCGAUCCUCUUGCGUUGUGUCUCAUGUGUUUCGUGUCUCUGCAGGAUUACGUUUUGGUCGUUCCCGAGGCGAGCUACAGCUCCAGCUACCUGAAUGAGGAACCUCUGGAUAAAUCUUACGACUUCAUCAGCAACUGUGGACAAAACAGCUUCUACAUCAAGUCAGUAUCUGAGAGGCAGAGGAGUUCACAGUCAAACUCACUCAGAGGAGUUUAUCGCUUAGUUAAUAAACAGAGAGAGAAGUUUUUACAGCUCAAGCUCUGGUCGAUAAAAAACUUACGAUCCACAACGAUGUGACUGAAGUCGCUCUCAUCUUGUUUUUCAGUCCCUCCACCGCCUCUCCGUUCUGCCUCGGCUCUGCUGUGUCUCUGUCCGCCUUCUUCAACAACGGGGCGAUGCCGUGCGCCUGCCACGAGGUCGGAGCCGAGAGCGACACCUGCGAGGCCUUCGGCGGUCAGUGCCGCUGCAGGCCACACGUGAUUGGACGAGACUGCUCCAUGUGCGCGACGGGAUUCUGGGGAUUCCCGAACUGCAGACGUGAGUGUCUGAUGACUGACCUCGUUUUCUUUCACAUUUUAUUUCAUUUCUUUUUGUCUCUUUUUUAAAUAUGAUGAAUUUUGUCGUUUUUAAAAUGAAGUGCGUCUCUCUUCUCGUCUUUCCUCCAGCCUGUAAUUGCGGUGAGAGGUUAUGUGAACCCGUGACAGGCGACUGUAUCUGCCCUCCGAGGACCGUCCGCCCGGAGUGUACCCAGUGUGAGCCGCAGACGUUUGGCUGCCACCCGGUGGUGGGUUGUGAGAUCUGCAACUGCUCUCGUCCCGGAGUCGUCACCCCUGACACGAGCUGCGAUACGACGAGUGGACAGUGCAGGUACGAUUAAAAACUUCAGACGCCUGAAUAUUAUAUCCUGUGUUUGUAAAAGAGUCAAAAUCAGAGGUAGCAUAUCCGACUUUUGCAACAUGAGUCUCCCCCUGCUGGUCAUACAUAAAAAUGCAGGUUUAAGAAAAAACUUCAUACUGUAUUCGUAUACUUUGAAUAUAAUAUUGUGUUUGUAAACGAGUCAAAAUCAGAGGCAGCAUAUCAAACUUUGUGCAACACGAGUCUCCCCCUGCUGGUCAUACAUAAAAAUGCAGGUUUAAGAAAAAACUUCAUAUUGUAUUUGUAGAUGUUUGAAUAUAAUAUUGUGUUUGUAAACAAGUCAAAAUCAGAGGUAGCAUAUCCGACUUCGUGCAACAUGAGUCUCCCCCUGCUGGUCAUAUGUAAAAAUGCAGGUUUAAGAAAAAACUUCAUGCUGCAUUUGUAGACGUUUAAAUAUAAUAUUGUGUUGGUGAAAGGGUCAAAAUCAGUGGUAGCAUAUCAAACUUUGUGCAACACGAGUCUCCCCCUGCUGGUCAAACGUAAAAAUGCAGGUUUAAGAAGUUUCAGAAACAGCUUCACUCCUCAUACCUACAGGCUUCGUCUGUUUUAAACCCACAUUAGCACCACUGUUUGAUUCAUAACCAACUUUUCGGUUCAGCAGGUUCUCUCCUCGAAUGUCAGGCGUGUUUUUUUUUCCUAAAAAGGCAGUUAUUUCUCGCCUGUUUUGUCUCCUGACGUGAUCUUGGCUCCGACUCCCUCCUUGGCUUGAUUAGCUCUCGCUCGGCCCGGCUCUGCGUGCCAACUCUUGUCUGAGUUCAGUCGAAGCAGCAGCAGCAGCAGCAGCAGCAGCAGCAGCCCCCGGUUCCCCUGAAGACUGACAACAACACAACAGCCGUCUGUCCUCGUCUUCAUCUGUCUGCUCGUGUUAUUCCUCCUUUAAUGGUUUCAAUCAUGAUAAUGGAGCUCUUUAGAAAUACUCCCGUCACUGUAAUCAGGCUUUCUGGAGGCUCAAAGGCAGAUUUAUGAUAUUCCCAAUAAGACCUGUGUGUUUUUCCGCCUCUACAUCGAUCUGCAUCGAUCUGAUUGUGAAGUUAGAAGCUGCAGAUUCUCCUCAGAGUCUUUGUCUGGGCGUUUUUACUCGCUUUCAGCCUUUUGUGUCUCAGAUAUCUUAAACCAUUAUCAACUCCCUCAUACACACACACACACACACACACACACACACACACACAAAUCCAAAAGAAUGUGCCAGCUGUGUCCGGGCAGGACGGGGAUGUAAAGCUGAGAGUGUUUCUCUUCCCCACAGGCUCUUAUCUACUUGGCUUCCAGUACCUGGCAUUAACACACACACACACACACACACACACACACACACACACACACACACACACAGUGGCAUGUGCCCUGCAGUCAGUUAACGAGUGAAAAGAUUAACGAUCAAUCAGCGUCUGUUAGAGAUCAUUGUAGGCGUUCAAACUUUAAUCUCCUGCCGACUGAAGCACAUCUUUGAGGUCAAAGGUCAACUUUUCAUGAACGCCAUUUCUUCCAGGUGCAAGAACAACAUCGUCGGACGCCAGUGCGACCGCUGCGCUCCCGGUUUCUAUGGUUACCCCAACUGCAGACCCUGCGACUGCAACGAGGCCGGAACAGAAGAGGAAGUGUGCGACUUCUUCACGGGACAGUGUCUCUGCAAGGUGAGGCGACGCACAAACACACCAACACACAAACGCACAAACACACACCCACACGUAUAUAACCUAUAUAUAUUUGUAACCUGCUGCGUGUCGCCGUCGUCCUCCUGCAGGAGAACGUUCAGGGCUCUCGGUGCGAUCAGUGCAGAGUCGGUACCUUCCACCUGGACCCGACCAACCCGAAAGGCUGCACCAGCUGCUUCUGCUUCGGCGCCACCGACCGCUGUCGCAGCUCUGAGAAGAGACGCUACGAGGUACUGGCAAACUUUACUCCACCGUCACAUGAUAAAGUGGAUGUUUGAAGUCUCCUCGUCCUGAUCUUCUCCUCACACCCGUCCUCUCUCCUGUAGGUCAUGAACAUGGAGGGCUGGGUCCUCCUGGGAGCAGACAGACAGGAGGUACCGGUCACCGUGUAUCCCGGUCAGGACCUGGUCGAGGCCGACCUCAGCGAUGUCCCGGACGUCUACCAGGACCUGCACUGGCACGCUCCGAAGACCUACCUGGGAGACAAGGUCAGGACAGAUGGUGGUUCACUCUAAUAGAUCUGAACACAGAGUUUUUUUUCUUCUUUCUGCUCCGACUGGUGUUCAGUUUCGAUGUUUCCGUAACACUUCGGCCUCUUCAGUGACAAUAAAAACAUGUCAGAGCUGACCUGACAAACGCAGCUCCUCUGAAUCCUGUUAAAACAGCUGCUGUUUCUCAGGAAAAACCUGGUAUCUGUCCCUGCAAAGAAGUGUCUCUUUUUCAUGCCAAGAUGUUGCUUCAUCUUUUAAAUAAAUUGCAAACACCACAUCGAUUAGAUUAAACAAAGUUUGGAUCGGUCAAACGCUUUGGUGAAUCAUAAUUUCCAGUCCGGUCUCCAACAAAAACCUCCCUGAACUUUUCAGAAUCAGAGGAAAGACAAGAUUUUAAACUCUGGAGAAAAUGUACGAUCUUUGUUUGAGUUUACGGCAUGACGUUUUCAAUCUCAUAAAACAACAACUGGAUUAAUGACGAGGUUUAAAGGGAUAUUCCAGCGCAGGAUAGCAACACAGAGAGCCACGCCCCCAACCAAAACGCCACUCUAUAGCCACAAAUAAUGCUCAGAACAGCACCUAACUUCAUCAACAGGACAUAUAGGGUCACAGACAUAGUACUAGACACCAAACAUCUUUGUAACUUUGACUCAUUUCUUUAGCAAAGAGACUAAACACAACUCACCUACUCUCUUCCAGCAGCCACUUGUUUGUCCAUUAUGGACUACAGCGGGGUGACGCAGCUCAAGGAAGAACAUUUAUGAUCAUUUCUUUAUCAUUUCCUUGAAGUAAUAAUCACCGUAUUAAUCAUUUUACAGACGCGGUAGUUCUUCUGUCUUAGCGUCUCGGUCUGAUUGUAUUUCCAUGAAGAAAUGAUCAUAAAUGUUCUUCCUUGAGCUGCGGCACCCCCGCUGUAGUCUGUGGUAACUUUUGGGUUUUAAAGUUGUUGAAAUCUGGAUUUAAAGUCCACCUACAGAUGAAGUCAGACUGUCUGUUUCUUCAUUUAGGAGCUCAGAGUCUGUGUGAGGAGGUCGAACAGACGAGUCCUCAAAGUCUGACGAUUUCUCAGUCCUACUUUGUGAUGUCUGAUGAUCUGCUCUGCUAAAGACUCAGCCUUCCUGCAGCAAAGAUUCACAGAAAGUGACACAAAGAGGACAGGAUGAAAUCAGAGAAGAAACUCGCUCAAAGAUCGAUGUUUAAGGGGACCAAAAUCAGAGCUAACCAACAGUUCAAACCAACAGGAGCUUUAAAAAGGUCAAAAAAAGAAGCCUGAGCGAGGAGUCGAUGUUUAUAUCCGACUCUUUUCCUUCUCUCUGGUCUUUCCAAAUCCAACAAAGCUUCUUCAGACGCUCCCUCAUAAACACGUGCGUUCUUAAAUUUCACACAACAGACAGACAGAAGUAUCGCAGAUCUUUAUCCCGCGGCUCAGACGAGGUGUUCAGAUAUAAAUCAGUGUUUGGUCUGGGCGUUUGAUUCCACAGCUUUCAUGUGUGAGUCACGCUGAUGUUUCGUUGUGUAACGCUCCACAGAGCAGCUUCACAUGUCAGCGCUGCACAAACAAACCCGCGUGUUUCUCCUCCGAUAUGAAGAUUUAAUCCUCAACCUGAACGUGAUCCGCCGUUAUCGGGAUUAGACAAAGUCUCUAUUGUGAUUUUCAUGUCACACCUAAAGCUUUAAAUCAACAAAAUUAGAUUAAAUUCAUUUCUGUUCAAGUCUUUUUAUUAUUUUAACGGCUAUUUUGUUGUUUGCUGAUCUCCUCUAACUCCCAUGUUUCCCUGUUUCCCCAGGUGUCGUCGUACGGCGGUUAUCUGAGGUACCGCCUCCACACUCAGACCAUGAGAGGAGACGUGUUGUCUCUGCCUGCAGAGGCCUCCAGACCGGAUAUCAUCCUCAAGGUACGAACGCCACGGUUAGAGAAAUCAACGUAACCUGGUGAAUUUGUCGACUUUUAACGUAUCAUAACUUUUUAAUCGUCCGUCUCCAGGGUAACCAGAUGACGCUGGUGUUCAUGGAGAGAGAGUACUCCUCACCUGAAGAGCCUCACCUGGGAAUAGUCCACAUGGUCGAGGUGAGCCGACCUUUAAAUCCCUCGUGGUUAAGUUUCAGAUUCUUCGUGACGCAGACCGCCUGCAGCACGUCGAAAUAAAGCCGCCGUCACGAUUUAAAACCACCCGAGGGAAAUGUUGUUUUCAUUCCUGAAGUUGUGAUUAAAAGUUAAAACAAACACAAAAGCUUUAAAAAACUGGGUUAAACUCCGCCCUCCCUCGCCUUCUGUCCUCAGGGGAGUUUCCGCCACGCUCAGACGGGUAACUCCGUGUCCCGUGAGGAGCUGAUGAUGGUUCUGGUCGGUCUGGAGUCCCUGCAGAUCCGAGCCCUUCACUCCCAGUCCGCUCACUCCGUGUCGCUCCGCGGCGCCGUGCUGGAGGGCGCGGAGAACCUGCCGACCGGUCGCCAUGCCAACAACGUGGAGAUCUGCAUGUGUCCCGCCAACUACCUGGGCGACUCGUGCCAGGUGAGAGGGUCAUCCUGUGAACUGAAAUGUCCGAUCAGAGUGAGAGAUGACGUUUUUAAUCGUGUUUGUUUUACUUCCUGUCUGCAGAAAUGCGCUCCAGGUUACUAUAGAGACACCAUCGGCCUGUUUCUGGGUAAAUGCGUCCCCUGUAACUGUCACGGACACUCUGACCGCUGUCUGGACGGCUCAGGGAUCUGUGUGGUGAGACGUCUCUUCAGUUUAAACUCUCAUCCUCCUCUUCAGAUCCUCCUCCUCUUUAUAAAAGAGUCUUUUUCUCUCUCUCUCUGUUUCCUCAGGACUGUCAACACAACACGGCCGGCGAUCACUGUGAGAAAUGUCAGGGCGGUUUCCUCGGUAACAACACUCUUGACGGACAGGCCGUGUCGUGCUCCAGUUGUCCCUGCCCUCUGAGGACCCCCUCCAACAAGUCAGUACACUUUACCCCGAAUCUCCACCUUCAUCCUGAUCGUCUACGAAAAGGUCGUAUCAGCUGAUCAAGUUAACAUGUCAGAGUUUUUUUUCUGGACGCCGGAGCAUGGCGGAUAAAUUCAGCGCAGAUGAACCCGUGCUGGAGAGGAAGUCGAGCACAGACACAAAAUAAAACAUCCGGCUGUGAAACGUCAUCGUCUGUCGGGUUAGAGUUAGGAGGGUCAGAAGUGCGAUAAUGUUCUGUUUAAUGAACAGAGCGGACAGCCCACAUUUGGCUUGAGUGUGUGAUGACGUUUCCAGCUUUUCUAGCCAAUCAGAGGCGGAAGAGGCGGGACUUUCCCCUACCGUCCUAAAAUGAAAAUAUCGCAUUCGGUAGGAAUUGGCAGACGGCAAAAAUCGCUGCCAUUCCGGAUGCAGUGGAAAUCCACGUUUACUCUCUUAUUUGUCUCACUCUACUUCCUCAGUGUUAGCUCUAAUAUUGUGUCGUGUUGUGUUGUGUUGUGUGUAGUUUUGCAGAAGGUUGUGUGCAGAAAACAGACCGUAUGCAGUGUCUGUGUAUGCCGGGUUACGCUGGACCGCACUGUGAAAGGUAAAACCAACUUCAUUCUCUCGACACUGUGAUGAAAUAAAAGUCUUCGCUCUUCGACCUGCUGCAGGGAAAAUACAUCAUUACGUUUUUCGCUCUUAUCGCAGGUGCGCCCCCGGUUACUACGGCAACCCCAUGGUCCUCGGCAGCAGGUGCCAGCUGUGUCAGUGCAACGGCAACACGGACCCCAACAUGCUGUUCACCGACUGUCACCCGCUGACCGGAGAGUGUCUGAGCUGCAUGCACGACACGGCCGGGCCCCACUGCGACAUCUGCGCCCCCGGUUACUACGGCGACGCGGUGCACGCCAAAAACUGCACCAGUGAGUCUCGAACACGCUCACGUCACCCUGGAUCUGGUUUCUCUUUUUCUGCUCGCCGUGUUAGAAAAUGAUCGAUUAACGAUGAUUUGUUCUGAAUCCAGGAUGCAGCUGUUCGCCGUGUGGCACCGAGUCAUGUGACCCUCACAGCGGACAGUGUCGCUGUAAACCAGGAGUGACCGGACCGCUCUGCGACCGCUGUGUGGUCAGUCUGUCUCUGUCUUUUUAAUCAACAAUAUUCACGUUAUUUAAGUUAAUAAUGUUCAAAUAAAAAAAACCUUUAUUUUCCUCAGGACGGCUGGUUCGGCUUCGACUCGUGCGCCGGCUGCCGUCAGUGCGACUGCGAGGCCUCGGCGGCUCUCGUGCAGCCGUGUGACCCUCAGAACGGUCAGUGCGCCUGUCAGCCCGGGGUCAACGGGCCGAGCUGCAAACAGUGCGCGCCCGGACACUGGGACUACGGACCCCACGGGUGCAAGAGUGAGUGAACGCGAAACGAACAACAUGACGUGAAACGAUUCCUCUGAUGAGUUACUGUGAUUUUUGUCAGCGUCGGUGUCGUCCACUACUUCCUGUCUUCCUGUUCUUACAUAUUAACCCCGGAUCAGGACUGUGAAAACACUCAGAGUGGGCUGCAGUAACAGAACCUGAUUGAUCCGCGAUCAUGUGUGAUUACAAUCUAACAAAAUUAGACGUGAAAUGAAAAUAUUGAGUUUAAGAUUCAGCAAAACACUCGAAUCUAACCUUGUUUUUUGUUUUAUCUCGAGUCAAAAUGUUUCAUUGAACUUUAUUUUAGCCUCAGUUACCUGUUACCUGUCCGGGUAAAUGUUUUAUUUUAAGAUAUUAUAUGCCAAAAACUUUAAAAUAAAGCUGCUAAAGGAGUAAGAAAUAAAAACAUACUCGUCAACUUCCUCAAAGAAAGACUUUUUUGUAUUUGAAGAAACCUAAAAAAGUCAUUUUUUUCUAAUUUAGUGGCAAUUUUAGUCCUUUAAAUCAAUCCAGAUGUUUUUUACAUUAAUAUCUUUAAAAAAUACACAAAUGAAGCACAGAGGACACUUUUUUAUUUUAAUUUAACCAGAUGAUAACUCGUGAAGAUCUCUUUUUCAAGGGUGACCUGUCCAAGAGGUCAGCAGCACUCGUCUGAAUAAAAAUUACAAGAUUAAGAGAAAAAAGGGCAGUUAGUUCGAGCUCAAUCCAGAAUAAUUCACCUAAAAUACAAAGAUAACGAAUAAAAAGGCGAAUUUUAAUCCAUUUUAAAGUUGAUUCUAAAGUUUUUCCUUACAGUGAGACAUGUUUAGUAAGAAAACAAGGUUUAAAUUUAUUUUUCUCAAGUUUUUUUUUUAAUUUGGUGCCUCAUGAUUGAUAUUAAACUCCAUUUUUAUCUGUUUAAAAUAUUAAUGAGUAUUGAUGCACCCCAGCCUGACUAUAAUAGGAGUUACUGCAGAAGUCAAACCAGUGAGACGCAGUCAGAACAAGAAGUUAAGUUACUGAAACAGUGGACUUUAUUUCAGGUGAUGUUCUCAUCUUCUCAAUCGGAUCAAAUUCCCCCUCGCUGUGUUUUAAUAAUAAUAAUAAUAAUAAUACAUUUUAUUUAAAAGCGCCUUUCUGAGCACCCAAGGACACUUUACAGGGCAUUUCCUGAGGUCCGGGGGGAGAGAGUUCCAGAGUUUGGGAGCAGAGCGACUGAAAGCCCUGCUCCCCAUGGUACUGAGUCGGGCAGAGGGGACAGAGAGGUGGAGGGAGGAGGAGGAUCUGAGGGAGCGUGAGGGGGUGGCGAUGUGGAGGAGAUCGGAGAGGUAGGGGGGGGCAAGGUUAUGAAUGGCCUUGAAAGUGUACAGGAGGAUUUUGUAGUUGAUUCUGAACUUGAUGGGGAGCCAGUGAAGCUGCUGAAGGACAGGGGUGAUGUGGUGAAAAGAGGGAGUUCUGGUGAUAAUGCGGGCUGCAGAGUUUUGGACAAGUUGAAGUUUAUGGAGGGAUUUGUGAGGGACACCGAAGAGGAGUGAGUUACAGUGAGUUUUCUUCCCCCAGAGUGCGAGUGUAACGGAGGACACUGCGACCCGCGCACAGGAGAGUGUCGCUGUCCUGACGGGAUGACGGGGAAACAGUGCGACUCCUGCUCUCAGAAAUACAGCGUUCCUAAAGAGCGACCGCACGGCAUGCACUGUGAAGGUCAGGCGGACGCACGAACUCCGACACGGUGGUGGGAUUUUUUUAAAGACUCAGAUCAAGAAUUAAACUAACGAUGGGUUUGUCUGCAGUGUGCGACAGCUGCGUCAUCGUCCUCCUGGAGGAUCUGGACAAGCUGGAGGAAGACUUCCGCACCGUCACCGGUCAGCUGACCAACCUGAACGCCAGCUCCAUGGCCUGGGCGCAGCUCAACAGCGUCAACAAGUCCAUGGAUGACGUCGCCGUGAGUGCUCGCACACAAAAACACAAAAACACGAACAGACACUUUAUGAAUGUGACCGUUUCAUUAACCAACGUCAUCAUGACUGCAGCGCGCCAUACAGGACUACAACAGCACUCUGGACGAGAGCAGGAACCGCGCCGACAUGCUGGAGGCGGAAAUCGUGAAUAUCAACGACGAUAUCAACGAACUCCAGGAUAAGGUCGGAUCACGCUCCAAACAUCGAUGUUCUGGUCGUUUGUGUUUAUUUCAGCGAGUUAAAACCAUUGUUCCGUUUCUUCUCAGGUCGCAGUGAUGACCGACAGAGUUGGUGACGUGAAGGACAGUACCACAAACACACACCAGAGGGCGCAAGACCUGCUGUCCUUCAUCAACAACAUGACCCUGGAGAUAAACAGUAAGGCGGCGGAAGUCGGUCGCUGCUCGCAAACUUCGACAAAGGUGCGAUCGUGUCUGAUUCGUAACUUUAUCGGCGCCACUUUCCGCAGAUCUCAUACUGAUGGCGAACCGCUCGUCCACGAACAACACGGAGGCGGAGCUGGAGGACGAAGAGAGGGAGAGGAAGAUGAGGGAGGUGGACGCCAUGCUGAGAGAGAUGAGGUACAGGAGCUGCGUGGGACAGAAGAAGGUGGCGGACAAAGAGAGGGCGGAGGCGGAGAAGUGUAAGUCGAUGAUUUACUUCCUGUUCUUGUAUCUUGAGUCAAAGUGUGUCCGGUUUACGACGGUCUGUGUUUUUUCUGCAGUGUUGGAUCGAGUCAACAAGGAGAUGGCGAACCGUCAGGGAGAAAACGUGGAUCUGGCCAAAGCCAUCAAAGACCGCCUCAACCGUUUCCACUCCGAGAUGAUGGACCUGCGAGACGCCCUGAACGAAGCCGUGAACAACACCGCCAGAGCGGCGGAGAUCAACAACGCCAACGAGAAAACUCUGGAGGACAACAAGGUGAGCGUGGAGAACAGGGAGGGAGUUUUAAGAGGACGGAUAUCCGCCGCCGUGAGUCUGACGUUUUCUUUUUCUGUCAAACACAGAAGAGGAUCGAAGACCUGAUGUCCAAGCAGAAGGAGGUGAACGACCAGUUAAACAUGGCGGAAGACGACGUGGCGCAGGUCAACGAUAUGCUGUCCAUGCUGCACGACUCCAAAGAGGUUAGAUCGAACAGAAAAGACGUCAACUCUGCGAAGAUCGAAGUUUUAUACGUCUAGAAAUCUGAUAUCGAAUUAAACUUUCAGGAGUACGAGCGUCUGGCGGCUCAGCUGGACGGCGCCAGGGUACCGCUCGCCAAGAAAGUCCAGGACUUCGCCUGGACCGACUCCAAAAUCCCCCUGGUGGAGAGGGCGGAGAAACACGCAGAGAUGCUCAACACCUUAGCCAUGAACCUGUCCAGGUAAACCACCAGUUACCCACAAUCCUUUGAGCAUCUGAGAGAUCCAGGAGGAGCUUUAAAAAAAAUCGUGUUUUUGCAGUUUGAUCGAGGAGGCCAAGAGAGAGGGAUUCGCAGACGUGACGCAAUCCUACAACAAGAUCAUCAACAGCAUCAAAGAGGCCGAGGAGAACGCCAAGAUGGCCGACAAGGCUGCGAACGACACUCUGGAGGUAAGAGACGCACACAGACGCAGAUUUUUGUACGAAACGUGCAGAACCGACCCUGACUGAAGCGGUUGUCUGUUUGUGCAUCUUCAGAACAUUAAGGACCAGGAUCUGAGUCAGACCGCCGACUCUCUGAAGAACCACAGUAUCGAGCUGAAGGACGAGGUGGAGAAGCUGAACGACGAUCUAAACAACGGUAACCUCGAGUUUUCACUCCGGUCCUGAAGGUUUGAGUUUGAUCUCCAGUUUGGAUCUUCUGAGCUUUGUGGUUUUUGUGCCGCACAGAUCUGAAGCCUCAGCUGGAGGACGCCAAGAAGCGACUGGAGGACGCCAAAACCAAACAGGCUGAUGUGAUGAAGGACCUGGAGAUGGUCCAGAACAACCUCAACUUCACCGCAAGUACGUACAGUGAACAAGCGAAACUCCACGCCGUAUGAUCGAGAGAACGAGAACGACAAACGGUGAAAAUGUGAUUUCUCUCGUUCUCUCUGUGACGAUCAGAUGUGAGUCAGGAAAUCGCCGACGCCAAAGAAGCUGCAGAACUCGCAAACAACACGGCGACGCAAGUCAACGAUGCUCUGCGCCCCAUCAAAGAGCAGCUGGACAAAUGGACGCAGACCUAUGGAGACGCCAACGCCACCAACGAUGACAUCAACAACGCCCUGAUGGAGGCCAACAAGACCGGUAGAAGUUUGAUUUUAACAGACAGUUAAACGUUUUUACUUCACCGACUGUUCCUCCUGACCUUCGCUGUUCUUCCUGUUCAGUUCAAGCUCUUGGCGAGACGAUCCCCAUGCUCAUGAAGAAGCUGGACAAACUGCAGAAUCACUCCGCCCAGAUGCCGAACAUCUCCGAGAACAUCGACCGCAUCCGACAGCUCAUCCAGCAGGCCCGCAACGCCGCCAGCAAGGUAAACGCCUGACAGAGGCGACAUCCGCCUGUAAGAGAUAUUUCUGGACGACCUCUGACGUGUUCGUUCUCCUCUCUCCUUCACUCAGGUGGGCGUACCCGUGAAGUUUAACGGGAGGAGCGGCGUCCAGGUCCGUACUCCUCGUAACUUGGCAGAUCUGGCCUCCUACACCAACCUGAAGUUCUACAUCACUCUGCCUGAAGCGGCACGAGGCAAACGGCAGAACGACGUCAACAAGCAGUUUGUCUUCUACCUCGGCAACAAGGAUGUACGUUUGUUUUACGGACGAAUACGUUGAUUUUGAGGCGCGUCACACUCCCGUCACACAGUGUAAAUAUCUGUCUUUGUGGGUUUUGUAGUCCAGUAAGGAGUUCCUGGGCAUGGCGUUGGUGGGAAAGAGGCUUCGCUGGUUCUUCAACAUCGGAGGAGACACAGCCGAGGUGAUGAUGAACGAAGACGUCAAGUCGGAUGGAAAAUUCAACAGCGUGGUGCUGGAGCGGUAUGUCGAACACUGACGAAUGUUUAUUUCUUUAUUUGAUCGGAACAUUUUUUUUCCUUCACUUUGAUCAAACGCGUUUGUAAAAUCAGGACUCUCUUUAAAAGGAGAUUUAGUUCCUGAUGGGAAAGUUUCAGGUGAAGAUAGAUAGAUGGAUAAAUAGAUAUACUUUAGAUAAAGUAAAGAUAAAGUAAAGAAAAGGUUAAAAAGAGUAAAAAUUUAGAAGUUGAAGAUUUUGCAGAAGAGCCAAAAUAUCUUCUGCAGAGAGCAGUGCAAGUGUGUUUUUGUUUUAUUCAAGAUAAACUUUUUAAUUUAGUCCAGCAACAUGUAGAAAGUCCUGAGUUACCUUUUCCAAAGUGCACUUAUGUUUAGGGGAGGAUUUUGUUGUUUUGAAGAAGGAUACUGUACCGUCUCUAAAAGUCCUGAUACUCAUGUAAAUGUGAAAGUGAUGAACAAAACAAUGAAGUAUUAGAUUUUCAGCUAAACCAAAACAAAAGUUCAGUUUCAUUUGGGUAAAAGUAGCUGACUGCUCACCGAACAACCAAAACUACGACUUUAUCAUCUCUUAAUUCUCAUAACAGGAUGUUUUUAUUUUACUAACAUAAUAACUUCAACUUCAACAACAACCUUAUUCUCAUAUCAGUAUUAUUUAAAUCUCAUAACAACUUGAUUCUCAUAACAAAUUCAGUUAAAUCUCAUAGGUCUUUAUUCUCAUUAUAACAGUAUCAUUAAAUCUCGUUACAACUUAAUUCCCAUUAAAAUAUCAUUUAAAUCUCAUGACAACUUUAUUCUCAUAUUAGUAUAAUCUAAAUCUCACAACUGAAUUCUCAUGACAAUAUAAUUUUAAUCUGAUUAUAGUUUUAUUCCCUUAACAAUAUCAUUUAAAUCUCAUAACAACUUUAUUCUCCGACUUUUUUGACUUAGUAUUUUGAGUCUGCUGAGACUUUAAAGUAACAGUGUUAUAGAUUUUAUAAAUCUCAUCAUAACUUUAUCCACAUAACAAUAUCAUUUAAAAUUUAUAAUAACUUAAUUCUCGUAAAAACAUUAUUUAAGUCUCAUAACAAUAAAUUUCUCAUAUCAGUAUAAUUAAAAUCUCAUAACAACCUAAUUCUCAUAACAAUGUCAUUUAAACUUCAUAAUAACGUAAUUCUCAUAAAAAUAUUAUUUAAAUCUCAUUAUAGUUUAAAUCCCAUAACAGUAUCAUUUAAUCUCGUUACAACUUAAUUACCAUAAAAAUAUAUAUUUUAAAUCUCAUAAUAACUUUAUUCUCGUUACAAUAUAAUUUAGACCUCAUAAUGACUUAAUUCUCAUAUCAGUAUAAUUUAAAUCUCAUGAAAAUUUAAUUCUCUUUAACUUUAGACUGUCAACUUAUUAUAAAAGAUCUUUUUUUUUGGCCCUAGUAUGAAGUUAUAAAUCACAGGACUGUCAUAGGAUAAUGUUAAGUCUUCACAUCUUUAUCUGUUUAUGUAUUCAGUGUUUUUGUCUCAUGUUUUCUUCCCUCUUGGUCUGAACGCAGGAUCCUGCAGUACGGUCAGAUGUCCAUGUCUUCAGAGGCGUCUGAGGGCGAUCAGAGAGUCACCAAAGCUUACGUGGAGGCCGUCGGAGAUCAGGGUCUGCUCAACCUCCUGACCGACGACACGGUCUUCUACGUGGGAGGAUACCCGAGUACAUUCAAAGUUAGUACAGGCAGGGGGCGCCGUGUGUCUGUGGAGGGGGUUAUCGAAGUCAAACUGCUCCAUUAUAUGUUCAUUUAAUUUGUCCUCGAUUCUCACGAAUAAAAAAGCAGCUGAUUCCUGAUUUCAAAUCCAGCUCCUAAAGUCGGUCUUUUCUUUACGACAGCCGCCCGCCGCCCUCGCUCUGCCGCACUUUAAAGGCUGCAUCGAACUCGACACGCUGAACGAGGAGGUGCUGAGUCUGUACAACUUUGAGAAGACUUUCCAGCUCAACACCACGGAGGAGAAACCGUGCGGCAGGUCGGUUCACACGCCGUCAAACUCAUCCACGAGUGACGUUUUCUCUAAACUCAUCAAACACUUGAACUCGCUCUCUCGUUUAAUAUCUCUUUGUGGUUUUUACAACGCCACAGGUCCAAGCCCGCGCUGACUCAGGCCUGGGUGAACGACGCGGCGUAUUUCGACGGCACCGGCUUCGCUGAGAUUAAGUUCACGGAUGAAUCGACUCGGAUGCAGCGCUUCGAACAGGAAGUGAAGCUGCUGUCGCACAACGGAAUUCUGCUGCUGCUGCAAAAUGGGGUAAGAAUUUACACUCAUUUACAUUUACACAGACAGGGAUCACCGUAAUUACCCAAAUAUAUGAGCACAAAUCCUGUUUUUACACAUUUUGAAAACCUUAAUUUGUGCUUUUAUUUUGAAACAGCCAUCACCACUCAUCUUUUUUUGUGUUUCUUGGAGCCUGACCCACAAAUGUUCAUGUUUCUUUGAGUUAAAAACUUCUCCAUGUCGUCCUCCGUCAUCAGGCGCAGUUCCUGUGUCUGGCGGUGCUUCAGGGCAGGCUGAGGGUCUUCUACGAUUUCACCGGGAAGCUGAUGGAGCUCGAGCCCAAAGAGCCCUCGUCAGAUUUCCUGAAGAUCAGCGACGCCGAUUCCAAAGCUGUAAAUCAUUAUUUUACUUUUCAUUCGUACUUUAAACCUUUUCCUUUGAGUCUCAAAAUCGCAUUCGAUGAAACAGAGGUUGUUAUGGACUCAUGGUUUGUUGUUUCCGCUCGUCUAGUUGGAGAUUAUUAUCCUGCGGUCGAGCCAGAAGCGUGUGGUGGUGAGAAACAACCGCCUCAGCCUCUACACCCACCAGUUCACAGAGGACAUCCCGGCUUUCAGCGGCGUUUACUACCUCGGAGGAGUCCCAGAGAACAAGAUGCCAGAGAAGUGAGUAGAUAUCAGGAUCUCCAUCGCUGUCAAACUGUUUUCAGGUCUUUGCACUUCAUUUAUGACCCCUGUCUCCAUCUGUCUCCAUCUGUCUCCAUCUGUCUCCAUCUGUCUCCGUCUCUUCUCAGGCUGAAGUCCCUGUUUUCGAAGCAGGGCUCUCUGAAGGGUUGUUUCAGGAACGUGAAGGCUCAGAACUCUCACAUCGAUCUGAAGAGGAUGGUGAACUCUGGAGUCAGCUUCGGCUGUGACAGCGACCUCCUGGUGAAGAUAACUCUUUACUCAUCCGUUUGAGAUUAGUUUAAUAAAAACUGAAUCAGAGUUUAAUGAAACGUUAAUUUGGAAUCAGAAAAAAUAGAUUAAUGUGCAGAAACACACUGAGGAAGUCAGGACUAGUUUAACUUAGACUGGGUGAUUCUAGCCGAUAGAUAAAUCGUCUGCAUGGAGCCGAAUCUCGACUUUCUUCAUAAACGAGCCAGUGUUUCUUUUUUUAAUAAUCUUAUCAGACUUUUGUGCGAUUAUUUAAGAGGAUAAAACAGCAGAUAGAGAGUCUGAAAAGGAGACCAGAAAGAAAUAAUGUCUGUCUGUAAAUUUAACUCCUUUCAGUCGCGUUUAAGUUUCUGUAAUUCCUGUGAAAUUAAAUCAAAUCCACUCACCUGUGAUGAUUCGACACGUCUUGACCUGCUGUGCCUUCGUCAUGCAGGUCGCUCGUGAGGGUUACUUCUCGGGUCAGAGCUACCUGGACUUCGCUCUGACCAACAUCCCCACCCUCAGGAACAACUUCUACGCCAGCUUCAGCUUCAGGACGGAGCAGAAGGAGGGACUCAUGUUCUACCAUCAGGAUCAGGUGAGGAAGAAAAACCUCCUCAGCUGCUGUUGAACAUCUACGCCUCGUGGUCUUCACACUGAGACAUUUAUGGUCUUUUUUUGUGCAGGACGGAGUGUGUCAGGUGUUUUUACACGAGGGGCACGUCCUCGUGAGAGCGGGGAACAGUGAGAUUAAGACGCACAAGACGUACAACGAUGACAACAGCCACUAUGUUUCCAUCUACAACAACGUAAACGGGUAGGAAACGCCAAACUUUAGGAUCUGUAAAUCCUCACGUUAAGCUUCACAUGACUUUUAUGACAUGAAAACUCGAUCUCAACCUCAAACUGUUCAUCAGGAUGCGUCUUUACAUUGACGACGUGUUGGAGAAAAAUAAGGAGGGACUCCGGAUAGACAGCCGUGGUCGAGGCGUGGCGACCUCAGCGGGGGGAACCUUCCUGGGAGGAAUGCCGAACCACGGCCUCACCAAUCUCACCGGGUGCAUCAGCAACGUUUUCAUCAAGAGGUGAAAAAAACCUGUCACAUUUCCACUCCUUCUGCGUCUCAGUGAUCCAACUCUUCUUCACACAAACAUUAAACAUGUAGGGAGUUGAUAUUUGACGGGUUUUAAAGUGUUUCAUCCUGGUUUUCAGAGAAACGAGUCCUCAGAUGGUUUUGAACCUCAUGAAGGCGAAAGAAAACGUCAACGUUCCCAUGGACUGUCCCGCUGCUAAAACACCCCAGCAGAUUGUAGCUGCUCAGCCUAAACACAGCAACAAACCCAAGGUACACAAACACACACACACACACACACACACACACAAACACAAACACACACUGUCAUUUUACUUUCCAACAAAACAGAAAUCAAACUGAAAACAGAAACAGAAAUCUCGACGAUCAUCAAGUCCGUGUUUUCUCUCUCUCAGGGGAAGCACAAGAAGCCGGCGGGGUCUCGCAGUCGGAACACCAGGGACUCGUGUCAGGGGGGGCCGUUGGAUCAGGAGGCCGGGGCCACGCACUUCAGCGGCUCCACAUACAGCUUCCAGAAAUACGACUUCGUGCCCGGCUCCCUCAGCUCUCUGUGAGCGUCGACACAAACGUACAAACAUGAACAUCCUCCCUCAAAAGUGUUUUUUUUUAACGUCUCUGUGCGUCUCCGCUCUCCGCCCUGCAGGCCUCACAUCUCCAUGUCCGUGAGGAUCAACUCCUCCGACGGUUUGGUGCUCUACGCGCCGAACGGGCAGCGCGGCGGGGCUGUGAUGUCACUCAGCGUGUCAGAGGGUCACCUGCUGCUUCUGUUGGACGGAGGGAAGAGGAAGGUCAGCCUGCGCAGCCGCAAGAAGUACAACGACGACCAGUGGCACACGGUGAGGUCACAUGACAAGACUAACCAGUGAUCAAGUCAGCUCUGUCUCUAUCUUUACAAAACUUCAAAACGUCUUGGUGAGCCCCGUGUGGACGCUCGAAGAACUGCAGUUUGUUGAACUUUAUCGAUGUCUUUAUCAUCAAAGUCAGCAGGCUGCUGCUUCAAGCUUUUCUACCUUCAUUUAAUCUCCUCUAGUUUUUAAAAAAUGCAGCUUUGUUGCACAAAUUCUGCAAAAUUCUGAAUAUUUAAGAUUGAACUAACGAGCAAACGGUUUUCAAGAUUAGAGAGAAAGUUCGUGCGGGAUAAAGCGGCUUCUGUGAAUGUUUGGAAAAACGUUAUCGAAGCAUUUUAGAUUUUAGAAAAUCACAUUUUUCUGAGCUGUGCUUCGUACUUUUGUUAAGUUUUUAUUUUGGGGCUUCUUUCCCCUAAUUUAGAGCGAACCAGACCGUGAGUGAACUGCACUCAGAGAUGAAGUUGUUUUGUGACUGAGACAGCUGAUGUCAGUCUUAUUUAACUCCAUAUCUAACCCUCUGUUUUUCUAGGUGUUCAUAAAGCGUGAGGGGGAGAAGAUCAGCCUGAUCGUGGACGGCAUCAGCGCUCAGUCCAAGAGGAUCCCCGGAGGAGAGAAGACUCGUCUUACCGGACCUCUUUAUAUCGGAGGAGUGCCGCCAUCGCUGACGGUAAAAAAACAUCCAGAAAAGACGAACGCGUCUUUAAAUCACAGAUCUGUAAAAUGAGGCGUCUAAAAUUGAUUUCUGACAUGAAAAUCAAUAAAUCAGGUUUUUGUUUGGGUCUUCAGGCUCCUGCUGGUUUCGUCGGUUGUGUCAAAGACCUGACGCUGAAUGAAGCCCCUGCAGGAAACCCCGCUGACAGUCAGGGGACGGUCCCCUGCUUCCUCAGCCCUCUGCAGCCCGGAGCGUACUUCUCUGGACAGGGAGGUCACAUGACUAUAGGUACAUCCAUCACUCUUCUCCUUCUUCUUCUUCUCCUUCUUCUUCUGUGUUUUUGUUCCUCCUCUCUUUACGUCCAGCCUUGUCCUGACUCUCUCCUCCUCCUCCCUGCAGAUGAGUCUUUGGCUCUGGGUCGGGAUCUGGAAAUCCAGCUGGAGGUUCGGCCCCUCUCGGACUCCGGGCUGCUGUUGCAUGCUGGGAUUUCACCUGAGCAGCAUCUGAGUUUGGUUCUCAAUCAGGGAGAGGUGAGCGCUCGCACUAAACCGCAGAUACUUUCAUCAGAUGGUAACAGAAAGAAGCCGAAUCGAUGAUAAACCGUUUGUUUUUGUGUUCAGGUGACAGUUUCAGUGAACGCCGGUAAAGGUGGAUUCUCGACCUCCUUCACACCUGAAGAAACUCUCUGUAACGGACGCUGGCACACCAUCACAGGUGGGUUAAAAGACGACUAACUGGACUGGACUACUGUAAAUCCUCAGAUGAUAAAAACUGAGUCGACUCGUUCAUCUAAUUUAACAUCAUUGUCAACUUUUACACCAAGAUUUAAAACUGUGGCUUUAAAAUAAUGAGGUAACGGAGAGUCCGGCUCCUUUGUGUCCCUUACAUCUAGAUAAUGUUGUUUGUGUCGUUUUGUCUGCAGUCGUGAAGAAGAAUAACGUCCUGCAGCUCCACGUCGAUGCAGCCAGCGAGCACAGCGUCGGCCCCAAACAGAGCCGCUCCUCAGGGGUCAAAGACGCCGUUUACCUCGGAGGAGUGCCGGGUGAGAACACACCUUCACUUUACUCUGCGUCCUGUCAGAGUCUUCUGUGGUUGCAUUAUUGCAUGAUGAGCAAACGUGGAUUAAAUACAAUAUAUCACAUAUUCAGGGAUGUGAUUGGCUAAAGACACGUUUGAACUUUCCUGCUUUAUUUUUUGAUGUUUAUUUACUUCUUUUUUUCUCUUAUUUUGGAUUUUAAACUCUUAAUGUGCAAAAACAGCAAACGCAGCUUAACCAUCAGCUCUGUAACCUUCGAUGAUGUUGUUUCCUUCUCUCUCCACCAGAUGGCGUCACAGUUCCAGGUCUACCUGCCACCCUGCCCGCCUUCCACGGCUGCAUCCGCAUAGCGAGCAUCAACCACAGACCUGCCAUGUUGUCCAAACCGCUGUCUGUGAGCGGGGCGGUGGGAACGCAGGGCUGCCCGCACAUGUAACACACACACACACACACACACAGUCUUACCCUCACAUUCCCCGUCUUCAAAUCACUGGUGGUGGGUGUCACGUUACAGUAGCUAAUUUAAAAUAUAUAUUAAUAUUUAUUUUCUAUUUUCAGAAAAAAACAAAUGUAUAUUUUAUAUUUCCUGGUUUGUCCUUUUCAUCAUCAUUAUUAUUAUUAUUAUUAUUAUUAUUAUUAUUACUGAUUUGUUUUUGUGCUACAACAGUGACUGCACACAGAGACGCACUGAAACAACAAUCAAACGUCACUUCUAUAACAUUUGUAGUAUAUUGUAAAUAAAACCAAAACAGCUGGAAGUUUGGAAAAACAAAUAAUGUCAUCGCUUGUCUUCAAAAACGUAAAUAUACGAUGUUUUUAGCUGAUGAUGGUGCAUCUCAAAGCGAGAUUUUCUAGAUUACCUACUGAGUCGGUACACUGUGAAGACUGUGAAGAGUUAAAGUCCUCAGGCAGCACAGAUGGGAGACGUUCCUGUAAUGAGGACGAGGAGCGGACCUCCGGGAUUCUUCUCAGAGUUAAUUCAGUCUCAGUCACACUGACGAGCACAGAUUUAAAAAAGUAUGAAACUCACAGCCUCCAUAUAAUUAAUGCAUCCUGGUUAUAAGUUAAAACAUCAUAACAAUGUGUUUUUAAAGUGGGGAUGUACGGUGGCCCUGAAGGUCAACAGCACAAAUAUGUCAGAGAGGCAAUAAAUUAAAAAAAAGGAGUGAAUGGAAAAAAUAAAACAUUUGAAGACUCAAAAACAAAACAAAAAAAGUUCAAUAUAUUUCAGAAAAUACAAAAAUAUUUUUGAAAAACAAAAAAAUCACAAAAACUAAGAAAUAUUUUUAUAAUGUGAAUAAACUCUACAAAGAUAUUUUUGAAAUGUAAGCCCAUUAUGAAAACAUUGAAACUACUUUGCAAACAAAAAAAUAAAAACUCCAAAAUUUUGGAAAACAAAAAAUUCACAGAACGAAAAAUAUUUUUCUGAUUGAAAAAUGUUCGUCAAAAUAUUUUCAUGUUUCAAUGAAUUAAUUUCUUGUUUUGUGAAUUUCGACUGUUGUGAAUUGGCGCUAUAUAAAUAAAAUUUGAUAUGAUUGAUUGAAUUUAUCUGUUUAUGUUAAAUAAAUAUUUAUGUCGUUGACCUUCAGGGCCACUGUACAUCGGAACCCCUUCUACAGAACAUAAAAUAAGACAGAUCCAGCAUAUAUUACAUCACUACAUUUUACGAUUUCUUAUUUGUAAAAUUUUAAUUUAUUUUAUGUAUUUUUUAUUUUAUGUAGUGGAUUUCAGCUCCAAAAGUUAGUGGAUGGAAACAUCAAGAUAGUUUUGAGGUAUUUACUUCCUGAAAUCAGACGUCCUCCUCCUCCUCCUCCUCAUGUUUAAUUUGUUAAAUUAAUUCGUUUAAGUAUCUGAGACUUUAUUUACUUUGAUGAAGCUGCGUUCAGGUCACACAAGAGUUCACGUAAAUCAAAUUUACGACCAAGAAUGAAAACUUUUCUCUUUUUAAAUGAAACUAUUCGACUCGUGUCCGUCACAGUCCAAACUAACUUCAUCCCCUCUCUCAUGUGACCUGAACGCAGCUCUUCCCGUCCGUCACCUCGUGUCCUGGUUGCGGGCGCCGUCUCCCGUCUCUAUUCAGUCGUAAAUGUCAUCAUGUACCAAACCUGCCUGUGAAGCUUGUAUGUAAAAUAAUAUAACCACUUUGUAAACUUGUUAAAGUCACAGAAAGAAUAAGCUGUCUGUCCCCGUCACUCCCUGCCCUCAUGUUGUAAAUCUGUUUCUGAAUAAAAGAGUUUUUUUCGUACGA